CUUCGCAUCUCUGUCAGUGCGCGAAGCGAUUCACCUACACCUUCCUGGCUGGCCCAGAAACACCAGAAUAACUUGACAUAGUAUUAAAAAUACCCCGCAACAUCCCAUUAUCUAAAGAAAGGGACAUUUUUAUAUGAGAUAUCAAUAACGAGGUAAGUUUCAAUGGUAGUUGCAGGUAUCAAAACUGGCUGUAGACUUCUGUUCAUGGGGUUUGGUGGACGUCUUUAGAAAAAAAUGGAGGCUUUAUUAAAAAAUGUUGGUUAAUUUAAAUGUUUUUAGCCUUUAUCCCAUGGCGGGAAGUAACGUUAGGUCGUCUGUUUCCAUCGCUGAGAUAGAUGGCCGAUUCUGGUCGCUGUUGCAACAGGGUGCUCACUUUGAACACUCACUGUUAUAGCCUAUGGCUUUGACAUAGCAGCGAAAAUCUUUGACAUUUUUCACAUUUUUUGAAAAGACGCCCGAUCCUACGCCCCUGUAAAAAGCAUCAGAUGCCGUUUUGCCCCGUGAUAGAUCCCCAGAAACUCCCAGAGGGAUUCGGGAGGAACUAACAGUAUCACAGCACGAAUAACAGUUUUUUGGACAAGAUGACGGUUGAAAACGUUGCUGUUUUGCUCUCUGUAGUUGGCUCAGCCGGGAGUAGUUGGACCAUUUUCGGACCACCUCGAAGGAAACACCGUGGAGAGACUUGUUGCUUCAACACGUUUUGACGGUGCUUUUUUGUCGAAAACGCCAUCGAAGUUUUGUGUAAGUAAAUGUUUUUUUUUACUGUUUCUCUCAGCAGUCCGUGUUGCUCAGUUCUCCAUGUUGUUACUGUAACUCUAACGGCGGAGCCAGAGGGAAAGGUUAGCCCCAAACUCUUCACUCUGAAGCUGUGCUGUUUCCCUCUCAAACUAACUCAAGUCAGAAAAUAACGUGUUCAGAAUCGUUUUUAUUCACUCUGGGACUCAUACAUGAUGUUAAACGGGGGCAGUGUGAUCCUUUCAGGCUGUAGUUUGUUGUUGAAGUGAGUUCAAACGUUUGUUUGAUGUUAGUGAAGCUGCUGUUUGGGGUGCCGUUCAUUGUUUCCCUGUACCUUAAUUUACUUCGGGAAAUGCAUGCUCAGCUAAAACUCAACUCCCCUUCACUGACUACACCAGCUGUAUGUGUGUCACAAAGUUUGACUCCUAACAAUACUUUCAGUCCCAUAACUUUUUUUUACUUAUGAAGCAAACAGAAGGACAACAAAGGUGCCCAAACUUUUUAGCUUUUUCUGAAAAGUUGAUGCCCUCCCUGUUGCAUCAAACACUGAUAGAUCUUCUCUUUGUGCUUUGUGAUUUUUGUUGCUGUCCCCCUUGUUGUUUGACUGAAUAUUUGCUACUGUAAAUUGUCAGAUUUGGUUUGCUCUGAACAAACAGCCCGGUUAGGUCAUCAGGCCACAGUUUACACAGCUCAGAUCUGCUGCUGUGAUGAAAUCAGGGUGUCUUUAUACUUCACUAAUUUGGUGGUAAAGAAUCACUGAGCAAAUCUAAAUAUAACCUUAAUGUUACACUCAAGUCAGCUGUAAUCACACACCAAUGUUGACAUCACAGUAUCAGCUGUUUUUACAAAUUAAGUUCAAAAGGAAAGUAGUUGCCUCUCCUAUUAAUGAAAUUUCUUACUAUUAGAUUACAAUAGGUGUGACAUAGCUGAGUGAUUUAUAAACCUUCUUAAACAAAAAUCCGUCCUCAUGUUUAUGGCUGUAGCUUUUUUGUUUUUAGUAUAAAAAGCAGCUUAAAUUAGUGACUUAACAAACAUGCCUUGUUAAUUACAUUUCACACUAUUUUGACCAACAUAGAGAAAUACAAUUUUCUGUUUGGUUGACAUGAAAAGAGCUAUUCUCACAUGCAGGAAACAGUUUGAAUACAUUCAGGCAUAACUCCAGACAAGUCACACUGUAAAUCAGCUUGCUUGUAAGAAACAACAACAAAAACACUGGGGUGGUUGAAAAUAGAUUCUUUGUUUUAGCUUAUACAACCAGUGGACCUGUUGGAGGGAAGCCUGCAUAACAUUUGUGCAAGGAUAGGAUGUUGUCUUUGUUACAUAGAAGGAGGCUUUGCUCUUAAAUAAGGAGUCCCCACACUCUCUGGGCAGCUCUUUAACAAGAAUGAACUGAUUAAUCAAAGAUGCCGAAUUAUUGACAUGUUUGUAGUUGGAGGACUGACACUGAGCAUGUCCCUUUCUUUACGUUAUGAUCAAUCUCGGUUUCUAAGUUGAUGCUGCUCAUAUCUAUAUUAGAAAGGGUCUUGAAACUUUAUCGCAUUGUUGCUUUGAAUUUUGUCCCUUGUUGAGGUCUGAGGGCAGCACUACAAGGAGUGCAGUUUAUCUGUAGUGAAGUGUAGAAAGAAUUAUGUGCUUCUGUGGAGCACAGAGUGGACUGUGUUACUUCUUUGAGUUAAGUGAAUCUUCUUUUCUUCAGUUGUCCACAGUGGAUGUUGUUCAAGGGUUGUCGGCUUUCAAAGGACCUGUUUUUGGAGAAAAUAUAUGUCAGAUGUCUUAGUAUACAGGUUAAGAUGACACAUUUUGAUUUUCUUUUUUUCUGCCACUUGUGGUCGACAAAUUGAUAGCUUUUUUCCCUCCUGUCUUUAGCUUGGUAUAAUUCCGUAUAAGAUUCAGUGUGGGAAUUUAAAUGCUCCCUUUAUUUUUUUAGAAUAGCCUGAAAUAUGUCUUACAAUUUUUAUCGAUAGUACACUGAGAGAUGCUCUGUAUGAGAGAGUCGGAACAGCCUGCUGGAGAGAGGCAUCUGUGUAGUCUGUGAGCCGAUGCAACAGGUGCUGUGGAGCUGUGAUGUGUUCAUACAGUUUGAAAGUAUCUUCCCAAAAAGAGUUGUGUUUUAUUCCACGUAUGUAUUUUUUUAGUAUUUAUUUUUUUACUGUAGUUCUACUAAAAAUGUAGUAAAACACAAAUUGAAUCAUUUUUUUAGGACAAAAAUCAAACCACUUAAAUGAUCACUUUUUUAAGGUGAUAGUUUUUGGGUUAAAUAUAAAAUAUAAAAUAAUUGAUUCCUCAUUAGAUGUGGUCUUUCGAAGCACCAGAAUGGUUUUCUGCAUACAUACUUUUUGUCUGAAAGAAAUGUCAAUGUUCAAAAGGAACAAAUCUUUUAAUGUCUUAAUCUGUUUUUUUGUCUGCAGAGUAAACCUUAGUCAUCUAUUUGAAUGUUUUUUAGAUAUUUGGAGAGAUGUUUUAAAGGCUUAGGUUGUAUUUUUUGUUACUGCUUUGAGUUUAAAAGCUGCAGUAUCUUUUAUAUUUUUUAUUACAGUGAUCCAAUCACACAUGGAUUACAGAGAAAUCAAUGUUAGAAAUGAAAGCUUUAGUUGCCCAAAAUAAAGCAAAUGCACUGCAUGCAUGUUACAAGGAAUGUUUUCUAUUUGUGGUGAAGGCCUGUGAAAUUCCUCAUGGGAAUGCGAACACGUUACGUGUCCUGUGUUUUAAUUGAAAUGAUAAUACUCAAUAAUAUUUUUUGUUAUGAAAAUCCCAGGCUAGAGGGAGAUCUGUGAUCUGUAAUUGAAUCUGGCCACAGAGUCAUUAAUCGUGUAAUUAGAUGUGAUGUGUGGCAGGGGGAGAAUCACAUCAAAACAUCAGUGUUCUCCUUGGUCAAAGCACGCUUUAAAAAGAGGACACUCCUGCAGGCUUCCAGACUGUGUGUGCCCUGAGGUAAACCCUGGUCUAGAAAGGGAAUUUUAGAGUAUGCGCUGCUGCUCAGCAGUUUGAGCAGGGCCCACUGAGGCCAGCCGAGAGUGCCACCAAAAAGGAAAAGCUGGCUCAAAGCCACUGACGUCAUCUAAGUAAAUCUGCUUCUCUGCUGCAGCCAUAAAAUGACUGCCAGCUACUGAAUGCACUUUGGCCUUGUCAACCACCUUCAUAGAGCAAUACAUUUCUUUUUUUCCUUCUUGUGCAUACUUAUGGAAAUCUGAGUGGGUUCAAGUACAGUUUCAUUUUGCUGGGGUGAAAUAGUGAAUGUUUCAUUCAAAAGCAACAAGUUAUAGUCGAGCCUUUUUCCCUUGUAUUAAAUGUACCAAAUAAUUGAGUUUCGUUUUACCCUUGAAGAGAAGCCCUAAUUUUACAGCCUUAUAAUUUUUACCACAUGGUGGUCAUGUCCAGUGGUAAAAAAUAGCAUCAAACAGCAUAAUGCCUAAGUCACUCAUUAUUGACUUAUAAUGCCUCAGAAGUUGUCUUGACGCUUGAACGUGCUCUUUUUCUUUUUAUACUUAUUUGAAUAAAAAAGACAAAUGAAUGAGCUGCUUGAGAUCACACACAUGAAAAGCAAUAUGUACACCAUGAAUCAUCUGAUGAGUCAGUUUCUGAAACCACUAUAAACAUUUUGAGCUCGAAACCACAAUGAAGGCAGGAAAUCUCGGCUUCAACAACUUCCUCUCUCAGUACCGCCCGGCCAUAGUAGCGGCAGUGGUGUUCAGCUUCCCACUAGUGAAAGGAAAGCCAUGGAACAAAAGGCACACAGUCACUUCAUUUAGUGAAACUGUGUAUAAUUUGUGGCUUGUAUUCAGAUGCUGGUUAUUCAGUCUCUCUGGCACCGUGUUCUCCCAGUCGUUGCUUGUAAUAAAUUCCCACAAGACCUUUCAUCAAUGGUUGCUGUAUUGUUAUCAUGGCGGACACAGAUCGGGCAGGCUCUCUCUGCCCUGAAGGUGCCCUGGAUUCAGUGGAGGCACAGAUACACUGGAGGGUAAGCUCCCAACAUUAAUAUGCAGACUGUGCCCACUAAAUUAGUUUGGAAUCUGAGCCCGGGACACAGCAAUGGAGUAUUGUCCAGACUGUUUUUGUCUCUGUUUAGUCUGUUUAAUGGACCCAAAUAGUGCAUCUUCAAUAAGGCGUCUUGUUGGUUUGUAAUUAAAUCAUUAGCAUGGGUUAGCGGUGUGUCAACAAACAAUACAUCUUGUAUCAUUCCAGUUUUUAGGGUUUAUGUAGUUAAUUAAAAAUGUAGGAUAUAUAUGUCUUAGUUUUUCUUGAAUGUCUCCUUGUAACCUUUAGUUUUCUGUCAGUAGCCACCGAUGUUUGCUUACAAAAGUCUCCGUAACAGACUGUUCAACCAGCACCUGAAAAUUUUCCAAAGUUGCUCGUUCGCAGUUGUCCCUGUCAAAAAAAGAGAGGUGGUGGAGAUUACAGGAAGAAAUACAAAGAAAGUCAUGGUGAAAAUUUGUCCAUGGUCACAUAUGCAGCCCACUGCUGAAAUUCCACUAAGUUUUCAGGAGUUUUGUGCAUGUGUUGAUUCAGCUGCAGGCUUUGCUUUUAGUCGUUUAAAGGAUCCAGUUGGCGAAUCAGUGGGUCAGACUACCAAGUUAGAGUGUUUGUCCGAGCAAACACCACCAGGACCUUUUAUAUUAUGUUAGUUUUGGUGAACUUAAGCAGCCUAUGUUGCAAAAUGUUGCUAAAUAAAUUUGGCUAAGUUAAUUGAACCCCAUACGGCCAAUUUUUUUUCUUUUUGGAAAGAGCACGACCCUACACUACAGACUGCCAAGCAAAUUGUUGAGUCAUAGACUGGGUUGUGUAGGGUGUGUGUUCCAAGUGAGACAUGUCGAUUUUUGCCCAGUGCAUGUAAACUGGGACAAUGACAGUCAUCCAGUUAAAUCAGCUCAUCAAGCUAUGACCAUAGCUUAACUUAACUGGGAAUGUAAAGGUACUGAGUGGUUCUUCAACUUGGUUUAGUUUGAUUCAGGUUCAUGACAUUUGGCUCAAGUCCUCUUUCUUUCUGAGCCUGAAUAUGCAACAUUUCUUGUGAUACAAGUUUUCAUCCAUAAAAAAAGCUCCAUAAUUUUCUGCAGCAGUUAUUUUUAGAGUGUUUAAAAAUGUCUUGGGUUAUUCUUAAUGCUACACAAACACACAUUUAUUGCUCUCACAGAGUUUUAAGUGGCAGAAUUGUGCAAGUGGGACUGAUUCAGAUGAAUGAACCAACAUGUCACCCAGUGUAACAGUGAGGCUCACUGGUGUCUUAAUAGUUGAGCAACAGUGGAGCUCUGUGACACAGAGAGUUUUAAAACCCUCACAGAAUCAUGUUUUUUUAUGUUGUUGGUUGAACUAUCAUCACUAUUUGUCUACAGUAAAAACAUAAAAAUGUUUAAAACUGUAUAAUAGUCAUCUCCAAAAUUUCAGCUUACAAGUUUCAAGCUCAGUUUAUGUUUCACAUAAAGGUGAUUGACCUUACUAUCAUGUUUCUGGUGAUAGAGAUGUUGUAGUUGAACUAAAUUAGCUCUGAUUAUUUUUUGUGAUACCUAAGCUUUCUCUGUAAAUUUAUGUAUUAAAGUGCACCUUUAAAAAUAUUCAAUUAGGAUUUCUCCCAAGCAAUAAUUGUUUUUAAUGAGAGUAAAUCCUUUCCGUUUCCUGUCUGCCCCAAAGAAGAAAAUUAACAGACAAAAAUGUGUUGUCUGAGGUUGUAUGUUGUAUUUUGCAGUGCACCGGUUCACCUUAUGAGAGAUGACUUUAUUUAAAACAUAGUCUUCUGUAAAAGGGAAGGGCUUCUAGGAGAAAAAGAAACAGAGACAAGGCGAAAAGAAGUACACGAGGGGAUGAAAAAUGGCACAAGAGGAUGAAGAAAAGAGGUGAGCGUCAGUUUGAAUUGGCAGAGCCAAAUGCAAAUGGUGGCCUUCAUGCUCAUCACUGUGAUUUGUUUUUUCAUGCCCAUCCACACGCGUCCUGAAUGAGCCAGCGGCCAGCCCUCGGCCUGCGCUGCUCUCAUAACUGUCAGGAGAUCCUUUAUCUGACGGACCUUUAUUUACAGCUUUAAUUUCCUGAGCUUUAUGUGUUCCGCUCACUCUCCACACCACUGUGACACGAGCGUACGCUGUCUGGAAUGCACUGCAAAUUUUUGAUAGGCAAAUGUCUUCCGAGCUUUCAUUACAUUUCACGUUUGAAUAGUAAAGUGUUUUAUUUUUAUAUUUAUGUAUUACCAGCAGGACACGGGUACAUUUUUGUCGCUUAGAUACCGAGUUGAUCUUGCCUCCGUCGUUCAGCGUGGAAUACCUUUUAGACAUGUAUCUUUCUGAGCUGCCCACAUAUCUGAUGUUGUCCAGGUUAUGUUGUUGCUACCUGUUUCUCAGUCUGUGGCAGGUGGAGAGGGCUGCUUUGACAGAACCUGUAAAUCAAUCCCAUUCUCUGGCAAACAAAGAUUGAUCCCACAGUGGUCUGAUGGUUACUGGGCGCUGGGAUCCAGGCCUCACGUUUGAGUGGGAUGAUAUCAGACAGAUUCACGGCACCUCAGCCUGCCGGUUCAAAGAGGCAUGAAAUAAACACAAGGCCUUUGCCAAUAACAGAGACAGCAUAAGUGAGAUUUCUAGCCUCUGCAGUAGACCUUCGGAAAUUGGUAUCGAAAACCUUGUUUAUUCAUUCAUCUGUACACCAUAUUUAGUCAUGAAACCUAAAGGGAAAUCCAAUACACAAUCAAUAGUUUUGUCCUGACAUUCUGGGGUGGUUUAAUAGUGACUUACUGCAUGAAGUCUGCUUGAAAGUGACUGUGGUAAUUAAAAUUUCCCUUUCCUUUCAUCCUUUUCUUUUCUUUUUUGAAUCAAAUCGCAGAAGGUAAAGUGUGCGCUCAAAGGGAUUUAUUAUUUUUUUUAUAUCCGAGUCCCGCACUCAUUUUCAUCGCUGCACCUGUUUAGUUGUUUUUGAUUUAUUCUAAACACUGGCUGCAUUCCCCAACUUUACCUUGAGUGUUGAUUUUUUUUCUUAUUAAAUUAAUUUCAAAAGUAUUUCUAUUCCUGAUUUUUUUUUUUGUUUAAUUGUAUUUUCAUGCCACUGGAAACAGCCUCUCAAGGCCCUCAAAGACCUGCUGUAAAACACUUCAUUCCAUAAACAUGCUCUUCCAAGGUGAUUAAUUUGUUUUAGUGACAGGAACUAAAUGGAAUUUCAGCAUCCUUCCUCUCUCAUUGUGAGUGUCCUUAGUUGGUUACGUGUUGCUCCAAAUGAAAUACUUCUGACAUUGCUGUUGUAAUUAUGCAAAGGCCAGAAUAUGUCUUUACAACAGGCUGAAAACGUUGAGUUUUGAAAUCACCUGGUAAUUAUAGUUUUACACACUGUGGCCUUAACUACUGUGGGCCAUUAUGGGGGUGCACAAAAGUCAUUCACAGAAUCAUUAUUGCACCCUCUGAGAUAACGGCACAAAAGAACUCCACAUGGAAAAUUACAUUUGAGACCUCUCAUCCGCUAUUUCAUUACCUUGCUCUGUCUGAUGGGUGAAAUGGGUUCUCUUAAUUUAAGGAGCUGGAUUCCAGCUUGGUGAGUGGUUUAUGUAAUCUCACGGUAAGUGUGAUUUCCCAUAAUGCCAUGUCACAGCUACUACUCUGCUUAGCUACCACAUUCACUAAUUGCAUCGCAGGCUAUCUUCACUCCACAUCUCACAAAUAAGACCAUUUCUAUGGAGCGAACCCAGAGAAGACAGAACUAUGCACUUAUCUGAGAGCAACAAGUGUUUCUACGGGUGACAUUCAUACCUUCUUUUGACAGACAUAAUUAGUCUGCAGAUUCUACGGGGCUAAGAGACUGUCUUCAUUGACAACCCUGCCAGGUUAUUCAUCUAGUGCAUGCAUGCAGCAAAAGCAUUCAAUAGAUGUCAUAGGCUGUAGAGAAACUUAUGUAGUGAGGACAAAGAAACUGCGAAGAAUUUGAAUUUCAAGUGUUAUCAUAGUAACUAAAUGAAGAAAGUCAUUAAUAACAUCUAUCCAUAUAUCAAUUAAACAGAUCAAUAUGUAGGAUGAUUUUCAGUUAUACUGGUAUGUAAAAGAAUAAGGAAGCAGCCGCUGUUUACAACUCACACAAGUAACCCUACCCCACAUCCUUCCCCUCUGUCAAUGCACUCAUUUCCUCCCUCUACAUUAUUCCACCACAUCCCACAUGAUCAUACUGGUAAUAAUUUCACAUAUUCCAAACUGAAUUGUAGUUUUCACACAGCAGCUCGGUCAAAGAAUGAAAAUACAGCCAAAAUCUGUACAAUAAUAACUUACUUGGCUUCCAAGUGUGAAUAUCAGAGUAUUUGAAUGUUGUCAGAUGUCACCAGAUUGCUGCAUGUAACCUGCUGUAGGAACUGAAGAGAUCACAGUUUUUCACCAAUAAUGUAUAAUUGAUUAUUUUAACAUUUUGGUUACAAAGUCAUGCUUAAAUCUUCCAGUAAAUAAUUAAUUGAUGCUGAGUGCAUUAGUGUGAAACCAUGUUUUAUUUAUGCUCAUAUGAUUGAUUAGUCUCCACACAUCUUUUAUUUUCUCUUUUUUUCUGCACGCUGUUUCUGCAUUUUUAGAAGACUUUUAUAAAACUUCCAUAAAGUAUGAAGAAAAAAGCAUGUGCCCUGCUUUGUAUCGCUGUCCUAACCAGAGCACUUAACCUACCAUGGCUUACACUAUUUUAGAGAUCAAUAAUGACACAUUAGGUAAUAACAUGUGGAAAGAGACAUUUGAAACAAGCACUGGAUUAAAAUAGAGGGAUGGAAGAUGAAAGUCACUACAUCCACAGCUGUUAGUUUUCAUGUGAUUUGUGUAAAGUGACUUAUUUUUCUUCCGAUGAUCUCAGCACACUGAAGACAUGCUUCAUUAGAUUAGAUUAGAUUAGAUUAGAUUAGAAUAUUCCUUUAUUCGUCCCUCAGUGGGGAAAUUAAAAUUAUUGACAGCAGUAGUUCACACAACAUACACAUUCACACUGGGUACAAAAACAAACAAAUAAAGAUAGAAGAACUGGUGGGAAAUAGAAAGAGCAGUGCAAGAACAGCAUAAAAGACUAGAAAUAUAAAAAGUACGGAUGUGUGGAGGUAGACUGCAGUGUAGUUGUAUCUCAUUUCAUGUUAGACCAAAGUUCUCUGGAGGAACAAUAUAUUCAGGGUUACUUGGCAAAAAUGAGAUGAUGAUAAGCGCAGACAUUUGUAUGGUUUGAGACGUACAUGAGUGUAGCUAUUUCAGUCUGACUUUUUUGUUUUUCCUCUCGAGAUGUUCUCUAACAUUUGCUUCUCAACAUAGUCCAAAUGUUAUAGAUAUACAAUAAUGAUGUACCAGGGUACAAAAGAACAGUUCUUUUCAAAUUUUAGGUUUUGUUUUCUGUUGUGUGACUGGUUGUCAGAUGGGACAGUAGAUGGAAUUCAGCUUUAAUAAUUCAUUGUGUGCUACUGUAACAGUGUGAAUUUCCAUGUGUGUUGCCCUGAAGAAAGCACCUUUAGAGGAGGGAAAUACCAGAGCGUAAGGAUUGAUCCACAGUGAUGGACUUGAACAAACAAAAAAAGAGGGCCAGGACACAGAGAAGUUUCUCUACUCACAGAUAAACCAGCACCAGAUGCAUAGUAAAGCGUAGUUUUAAGAGCGUUCUCAGACUUAACAUGUGGCAGCUCGGGUUAAAAACCACCUCAACUAGUACUUAGGUUUUACAUACACAACUUUAGAUUAGUUUUGGACCAGUUGAGAGUGGAAACUAAUUAUUUCCUCAUCAUUCCUCAAAGCUGGAAGUGAUUAUGAGUACAGUUCAUCAUUCGGUUGGGAUGAGAGAAGCACAUCUAGAAAGAGUCCCAGGCCUUUUAGUGGUUGAAAUGGAAAUUUUUUCCCCCUCCCUCAUCAGUUUGUGAGUUGGUUCUGCAAUGUCAGCAGUCAGCACACAAAAACGGAAUUCAGUAAAAGCUAUCCCUGCUCUCUGGGAGUUUUUUUUUUUUUUUUUUUUUCCUCCAACAGCUUGCUCCCAUCCCCCCUUUCCCCCUCACGAACUGACAUGCAGGAAGAAACAUAUGCUGCUAUUCCCACUUCCUGACAGCUUGUGCUGCUUGAAUGGGAUCUUGCUCAGGGAGGAAACAGUUGUCUGGAAAGAGUGCAGAGACCUAAAAAAAAUCCACUGAAUGUUAGUGAGGGAAGAAAAACAUACAAGUGGAUUUAAGGCUAUGAAGCUAAAGACAGUAACUGUCUGAUCUGUUCAGCAUUCAUUGACAUUUUACUGAUGUUAGUGAGACUUAAACUCCAUGUCAUCCGUCAGUGUGUUUAGUUGACUCAUGCAGACAAACGGCUGUAGUUCAGAAAUAUUGGACAUCUUAUACCAGUAAUGUAUGGUUUGACUUAAAGCUCCUGUGUGGAACUUUUUGAUGUUUGUGGAGUAGAGUGAAAUUCAUAUUGAUAGCAUUUCUAUCAUAUACAAAAACAAUGACAAGACUGGCUGCUUUUACACUGUAAAUAUUAAUGUCUGAAACUUGUGCAAGGGUCGAGGUGUCAGAAACAGCCCAGUACUUCCAUUUAAAUGUUUACAAUAAAUGCUACAUAUGAGUGUCAGAAGUCAGCAGGAUGAUAUUUUUUUUAUUGGAAGACACGACUCAAUCAUGUAGAGAACUAAACAACCAAAGACUGCUUUGUUCGCAGGGGUGCCAAAAUUGGCAAAAAAACAAAAGUUCCCCGAAGGGGCUUUAAAAAAAAAGACUAACGUUUGAGUAGGGCUGGGCGAUAUGGCCUCAAAUCAAUAUCACGAUAUAUUGAGCAGUUCACCGCGAUAACGAUAAAUGGACGAUAACUACUCCACAAGCUGCUCACCCCCUCCCACAUUAACUUCGUCUACUUCAGCCGCUACAACUUUUGAACCGUCCUCCAUCUCCUCACCUGUCUUUCCCUCUUUGUUAUGGACUGGAUGGGGUGAAGUCACGUCUCUGACAUAGGGCAGCUUCUUAAAGGGACAUGAGACCAUAGCCUACCUACACACAUCCAAAACCAACUUUUAUUUAUAUAUUUAUUUGACAAAUAUACUGAAAUUGGCAAAAUGACGAUGGUUAUUGUCAUAAAUUUCGGUAUCGGUAAAUUUUCGGUUUAUCGCCCAGCCCUACAUUUGAGGACACCUGGUACGACCUAGUUGUCCUCUUAGAGCCAUGUGGAGAUUUUCCCUUUUUAACAUACUGUGUGUGUCUUUGACAUACUCUCUAUAAAAGAAAUACCAGUUUAUGGCAUUUUGAAAUAACUGGAAUCUGCGAUUUUCCCAUCCACUACAUUUUCCUGUCAUGCCUUUGAGCAGGCUUUUUGAAAUGUUUGAUGUGUUGCACAAAUUAUUUGUUUACUUAUAAUUACCACAGUUUAGUCAUUUAACCAGUGAAAGUAUGUAAGUCCUUUUUGUACUGUCCUUUUUCCAUGCCUGGACACAUUCAAAGCAUUAACCCGCCUGUAUGAAUGGGAAUGAAAAGCCGGUUGACAGCACUUACUCUCUAUAAAAGACAAAGAGUAGGAUACAUGGGUUGUAAAAAACAGGCUUCAAACCAUUAUUCACAUUUAAGACAAAACUUUGGGCCACUUCAGCUAAUUUCAGUACCGCUGUUUUUUCUUUUUUUGGGGGUUUAUUGCAUUUCUUCUUUGUAAGUCUAGGUGUCUGUUUUAUACACAAACUUUAAUACGUAUUUAAUACGUCUAAAUGGCCAGUCCACCCGAGUUCUUCCUGUCAAGUCCCUCUUCAAGUAUCACUGGAAUAUGUCUGGAAAAACAUUUUUUUCAUCUUAGACCAUAAACACAAACCAGGGUUUGUCCAGCGUCUGUCUUCUGCUGCCCAGAAAGACCUCUUCUCUUCUUCUCUUCUUGAAUGAGCGGUUGGGUGAACUAGCUUGCCAGCAUUAAAUUAAUAUGACAGAGCAGAUAAUCAUCGGCUCCUGACAUCAAUGGAUAGAUGCCUGACAGCAGAGCAAAUAUUGGCAGAUGCCCAUGUUCAACCGAUACAUUGGUAUAUUCAUACUCAUGUAAAGUAUAUGAGGGCCAGUCUGUAUUCUCAUGAGCAUGUGUUUUUAUUUCAUGAUGGUUUUUAGAAAGCAUACUAAACAUUUUCAAAGUCUAAAAAAUCCCUGGAAUGGAAACAAAAUUUUUUAUAAUAGGUGAGAGAGUCUUCUGUUUUAUAUUACAGAACAUACAACACACUCUGCUUUAACGGUUGGCAGCUAAAAAACAUCCUCUGUUUAGUUUAUUAUUCAUUUAUUAGUAGCAGAUUUUUCCAGGACUUUGUAGGUUUUAAUUACAGGUGAGAGGAGAUUCUCUCCAGCUCUUUGAAAAACGCUUCAGGGGACUGGUUCUUGGAUUGUCUUGUAGUCUGUAAACUGUAUUAAUGCCUUCAGGUCUCUAGACAUGGUCUGGUUUGAGUGUCUGCUGUUGUGUGACCUCAGCUAUUUGGAUAUAAAGCCUCUGUCUUUUUCCUCCCACCUUUACUCACAUGAAUUAUUAUUUUGACUUUUUGGGAAGCUGGUCUUGUUUAAUAAUCACAAAGUUACAUUUAUGCCCACAACAACAAUUGUUUCACUCUUCAGCCAGGAAUUAAAAAAGUGACUUAAAUGUGACGUUAUUGAUUGCUUCCUUACAUGGUGGAAAGAAAUUAGUCUGGUGCUCAGUGAUUGUAUCAAUUUUUAACUUUAUAAGGCUGUGCAGCGUUUUAUGGAUUUGUCCCAUCUUUUCAGGCAUACAGCACAUUUCCAAUUAGAGUCUGAAGUACUCCACUGAGCUUUAAUAGCAGCACACAGUUUGAUGGUUUUAUUUAAUGUUUAAAAGUCCUUUAAUAAGAAGAAGGGAGUAUCACAAGUCAACAAUAAAAAAAACUGUGCGUUUGUGAAACCUCAUGACGUCCAUUGUAAAUCAAGUCAACAACAUUCUUGGCAAUGUCCGAGCUUGUUUGGCUGCUCCCGCUCCAUAUUGUGCACUCAAAUAAGACUGUGUACAGUGUUGUUGUUUGGAAGCAGAUGUCUGCCAUUCUGUUGUGGAGAGUGACCGUUUGGUUGUGUUUGUUUAUUUGGGAAUUUCAGGUCUCUCCCUAGUCUGCUCCAGGCUUUAGCUUGGAGAGCCCAACCGCCAUCAUUGAUCCCAGCAGCUGGAGCGGCAGCGAGAGCCCUGCCGAGGACAUGGAGAGGAUGAGCGAUUCGGCAGACAAGCCCGUAGACAAUGAUGCAGAGGGGGUGUGGAGCCCUGAUAUUGAGCAGAGCUUCCAGGAGGCCCUGGCCAUCUAUCCUCCUUGUGGACGAAGGAAGAUCAUCCUCUCUGAUGAGGGAAAGAUGUAUGGUGAGUACAGAUGUGCAUCUGUGCAAGUGCUGUCCUUCACUGAAUAUGAAUCCUCUGCCAGCUGUUACCAGGUUAGCAUAGCUCAGCAUUAACAAUCACAGCUGGAAUAACCCCGUCUAAAGCUUACAAACUUUUGUUCCCACUCUAAUGAACAUUUUUAAUCACCGGUGUGUAAUGUGAGUGACUUUUUUUGGCCCCCAAAAGAUAACUGCGAGACACCAAAAAAAUAGAUCAAGACAAAAUACUAUUUGUGUGCAUUCACCGUCGGUUGUAUUAUUAAUGUGACAUUUUAAAGAAGUGGAUUCACAUCAAAAAUGCAUCCGUACACGGCUCUGCAGAGUAAUAUAAUAUUAAAGGAAGCACUCUCUAACCCUGUCUGUACAGCCACUGUUCUGUUUCAAAGUAGUGCAAGUUUGUAAGUAAAGCAGCAUGAACUAUUAGUCAGUAGCAGAUGGUACUGCGGCUGCCACCAGCUGUGCCCCCUCUCCUCCCUCCAUUUCCCCCCAAUUCCUGGCUGGGUGAUGUCAUGGAAAGAGGGAAUAUUUUUUUUCUCUGUGGUGUUGGACCGUCUCACAGCCUGUCAGUGUCAAGUGAAAGCAGAAAGCCCCUCAGAGCAUUCGCCUGCAGCUGUCAUGUGACCCCUCCGGCCAAACAAAAUGUAAAUUCUAGGAGUUGCGGUGAAACCCCUCAGCUGCUACUACAAAGAUGUGGGCUCAGACAACAGGACCCUCCCCACUGUCUUUUCCUCCACCCCCCACCCCCCCCACCCCCCUCCAAAUACAGAGCAAGGCUGCCAGGGAAGCUGUCCCUCUGCUGUGGAUUAAAGCAUGACAAUUCAGUUUUUACUGGAGUUAUAAAUGAGCAGAGCUGAGUGCAGGCCUCCAUAUUACUGACAUUUGAAAUAUGAUACUAGUGGUCACCUUCGUACACAACAUUCAAAUGUGAAAUGUCCUUAAGCGAAUUAGUUCAAAAACUACAAUUUUUAAUAUACAUUGUAGGUGCUUUCUGUAGAAUCUGACAUUAGAAUAAGAUUAAUAGAAAUACAAGUAUAACGCACCAAAGGUAAGAAAACCAACAAAAGAUAUAAUUCACACACUGAAAAAAUAUUGUAACUCAAGUUUUUUUUACCCCUGAGCUCCGAAAAUGCUGCUGAUUUAAAACCUCAGAAAUGAACCAGAAGAAAGGUUUAGUUUUUUUGGUGUUGAAUCAACCUAAAAAAUCUGCUGAAGAGACAAAUGUGGUGUUGAAUAGAGCUUAAUCCUGCCAGAUGUGCUCUGUAUCUGGUUACACAUUGUCUCAGCAGCAGCAGCAGCAGCAGCAGCAACAACAGCAGAAUCACUCAGCUGUCUCUCCUACCAGUUCUGAGAUACAACUGGUAGACACAAUGGUUAAAAUGAUUUUCAUUCAUCUUUAGUCAUGCAAACUGAAAAGAAACCGUCAGAAAACCUGGUGCAUGUAGCAAUAUGAUGACAAUAAUGAUGGCUGUUAAAAGAGCUGUAGGAAGACUGGCAGGCUCAGGCGAUUUCUCUCAGUGGUAGAAGGAAGGAUUACAGAAACGGGACCUCCUCCUUUGCAUGUAAGAGUUUACCAGGCCUGUUAAGCAGGAGACCGAUUAUCCCCUAGGCCUUCUUUUUGAGCCCUGCAACUGUUGCUGUAUCAUUGCACCAAUCUUAUCAUGCACUAUGGCAGACCUCUAAAGUCAGGAAUGCUUUGAAUUUGACUUAAUAGCUUAUUUGUCUGAUAUAAUCACAUUUCUCGUAUGCAGGUGUGCAGAUUAAAUAAGAUGUGUAACCAUGAUACUGUAAAAUUAACAAACAGACGAUCUUUGCACCUGUAGCCUGCAAGGCAGUGUUACUAAGGAGCAGCUGUACACAAAAAAUAGUUGUAGUUGAGUAAAAAUAUAGAAUCUUCAGCUAUGAUACUGCAGCUUGUAUGCAAAAAAUGUAUGAUGUUGUUCGCAUAGUUCAUGGUUAUAAAUUUAAUUAUUUGCAUCAUCCAAUCCAUCAUGUCCAAAGCGAAGGCAAAUCUUCAAUCUAUCCAGUCAGAUUUUUAAAAAUGCCAUCAGGGAUAAGAAGUAACAAAUAAAAGGGUCAUCCGCGCUGCUGAAAAGGAUUGAUUUGCCGGAAACAACUAGCAAUUUGUUUUUUCAGAGCGGAAAGACUCAGUUAAGCAUGAGGAGGCUGAUACAGCAGUGUAAUCCAGGUCCAUAGGGUUUAUAACAGCCGCAGACAGGCACCACACAAAACCUCUUGUGGCAUCUGAGAUGAAAGUUGGCCACAAGGAGGACAGGUAUUUUGUAGAUGAGAGACCCUGGGGAUGGCAUAGUGUUCCAUCCACAGAGCUCAACACAAGAGGAGCCGCCCUGAGUGCCCUUAAGCCCUUUGUUAUCCUGGGGUAGAGUGCAGUUAAUUAGCAACAGUCUCUAUAGCAACUGUGUUGCAGUACAAAACAAUUUCUAAUUUCUGCUUCUUAGCUUAUUGUGGUGUUUACCUGAAGUGUUUCGGAUGUGCCGAGACCAGUGUUGACUGGCGUCGUGCCCAUCCUCUCAGGCAAUGAAGGCACCACAUCUGCAUAGCCUGCGUCACCCAGCACUUUCUCUGGCCCCAGAGUUUACUAAGGAGAAUAUUUUAAAAAGUAAAGUGAAAUGGAGGCCACUGGCCCCCAGCCAAAGGCCUAAGACUCCACACUUGCAUAAUUCACCUGCUGUGCAGGGCUGCAUUCAUUUAUCCCAGAAAUAGAGUUGAUAAAUGAAACAACACGCUUCAACCAAAUUGUAUGUUUAUUCAUUGGGUUAUGUAUUUGCACUGCCCCGCAAGCUAAAUGACAUUGGUGAAUUUUUCUCAGUUACUGUUGAAAAAAAGAGGAAGAACUGAUUUUUAUUCCAUCUUCUCACAAAUAAAUAUGUAAAUGCAUGCUCGAUUUGGAGGUUAUAGCGCAACCAUGUAGUCAGCUUGUUACUGCUGCAGACACAAGGCCACCAGAUGUCUUUCGAACACAUAUGGCAGAGGCACUUUCAUGACUUAUUCAAUUCAAAGGUUUCUUUACUGGCGUGUCAUUAUGUCUUAUUUAUUCUUUCCUCUGAUAAAGACUGGCAGUGGUCAUAUCUUUAAUUUGAAGAACAUUUUCUCUCCAUCAAAAAUAGAUGAAAUAUGCCCUUCUGGAAAGAUCUUUACCUGCUGAUAAUGUCUCUGUCCGUAUGUGUCGUUUGAUGUAAAGCUUUACCCAUUACCACACUGCUGUUUGCUCUGCCAUCUUGUCAGUGAUCCAGCUCAGACCCCUCCUGCGGGAACUAAGUGGCACUUGGUUUGCAGAGAUGCCAAGGAUGAGUUAGAUAUAAUGAGCAGACCUGGCUUGCCCCCGAUGGCCCAGCGCUGUGCUCCUCUGGGGCUCGUCUCACCGGGCCGAGCAUGCUCUGAGACAGAGCGAGCAGACCUGAUCCUCCCUGCUGGGCAGAUAAUGAGGAAUUCUGGGAUCAGCUCAGGCUCCCCAAGUCACCUACAUUCACUCAGAAUGGAGUGUGAGGAACUUCAAUGCAGGAGAGGCAUCACACACCUCCAGAAUAAUCCCUCAUUUGUUCCCCUGCCAUUGUCAGUGAAAGACUACGCUGUUUUCACACACAUGGUAGUGAAAAAAGUCCAAUUAUUUUAUGUCUUUCACGAAAAAGAGUAAGUGUUAAAGUGUAAAUUGUAUUGAUGCAGGUAUGAGGAGGGAAGGAAAAAGCCAUUGUGCAUUAGCAUUGAAGACUUUAGGGUUGUGACAAACUGGUUAUUUAGUCACUGUAGGUCGCUAUGGAGAUGUCAUACGAUUUACGGAGCCUUCCACGGGGACAGGGAUCAAACACGGACAGAUCAACAAUUACUAAUCACCCUGUUUUUGUAACUGUAGUCAUUGUAUGUUAGAUACGACAUAAAGGUGUUUCUUUUAUGGAUAGGACUUUGGUCAGUACCGACUGGCUAAUCUGAAAAUCUGCAUCAUUUUCCAAAACUCAACUUGACUGUAAACCUUUUUAAAUCUUCAAUUUGUUUGUGAUGGUACAGAUAUAACAGUAUCAGACCUCUAAAGUCAGCUGAUUCACAUAAACGGUUUGUGAAAUAUCUGUACCAUACAUUCAGUGUCCUCAGCUCAUGACCCAUGUGUGUGUGUUUCUGUGGCUCUGAGAAUGUGAAAUUAAUGAGACUCAGCCCCAAAAUGGAUCCACAUUUGGAGCGCUCCUGUUGCUGAGCAGCAGAAUUGAUUUUGAAGUGCAUAUUAUUUCAUGCCACUCUGUUUAGGGGGCUGAUUUCUGCUCCAGCCCAGGCCCAUGUAGCGGUGACCAAGCAUAGCAUGUUGUUUUGUGACUCGGGAGAUUUCAGUUUACUGCCCACAGCUUCAUGUUUUUGGGGGGUUUCAUGCGUCACAGGGUUGCCAACCAUGAACAGUUUGGUCGAGGUGUUAGCAGUACGAUUGCUGACGACAGUGUAGUGAGAUGUCAAAGGGAAGUGGUUGGAUAGUACGUAAGAGUGACCUUAUAUGCUUUAUAUUUUGGAUGUAAAUUAAAGACCAGUAGGGGAUUAAAAAAUGCACUAGAUCACCCCCAAAAAGUUUCUGUUUGCUAAUGUGUCGCCCAAAUGAAUAUGUAUUAUGUGUUCUCCUAUUAUUUCUUAAAGCAGAUUUUCCAGCAGGCAGAGAGAGAAUGCUUCGUGUGAUUUCCUGUCUCUCUGUUUGGAAGUGUUUGCACUGUCUGGUUGGAUAGCAGGCUGUGGCUCUCUGCCUGCCUGCCUGAAUCAGGAGCACUUGGGGUGUGUCCCUGCUCCGAGGUCUGUGUGAGGCCCUCUGAGGCGGGCUUCUGGUUUCAGGUUGCACAUUCCCAAUUGGCUGCUUUUGUUUGACUAAAACACAGCGGCGACACUCAGGGCUUCUUAAAGAUGCAGUGUCACUGUCAUGCUCUCUCUUGAAGAAAUCAUCUGUUUGGUGCUGAUUACAUCAUAUUCUAUUGAUGAAACACUUUUAUUCUGAUGAGAUCAUCUCACACUGAUGGGACCAUUUUGUGUAAUCAACAUAUGAAUGGAAUCUGAAUGCCAGUGUUAUUCCCUCACUACACUCCACUGCUAGCAGAGACACGCUCAUGUCUUCCUCUGCUGUUUGUGAAAUAGAGAGAGGUCUCUCAACACUGAGCAGCAAUACUGGAAACAAAGGGAGUCUAUUUUCUCAAACACUAAAAGGAUCAUACUCAAUAUGGUGUCAUGCUUUGACCCCGAUGACAUAUGUUUUCCACCCUUUUAUUAUCUGUAUAAUUAUUUAGAGCAUUUUUUCCCCUCUACAUCCCAGUUGUGACACAAUGACUUGAGUAUUGGCUGAUAUCAGAACACGAUAAUGUUUGUCUGAUAAAUAAUAUGUAUACUGGAAAGGAGAAAAUUGAUGAUAUUUUGCCACAUUACACCCUUUAUCAGCACCACACUGUUGUCCUUGAGGCUACAGGCAGUUUACUUUCAGCAUCUACACCUACACGGGGCUUGUAGCACAUUGUAAACAUGAUCUCUUACGUUGAAAGAAAUAAUAGAUAGUGUGAGCAAGUUGGUUAUAUGUAUAAGUAAAGUUUAUGAAGUAAUCUCCUCUAAUCUAUCAGAAAGCUGAACAAUGUGUGAUGUGAGUUAGGGGAGGAUCUGAUUUAGAAGCAGAAAAUAGACUCAAAGAAUCAAAUUAUAAAUUGUAGGCUAAUAAUAAUUGUAGUGUUGACAUUUUAAUAGUUUAGAAACCCAUUCCGAUGAAAAUCAUGUUUUUCCUGUUGUCCACAUGUUCAUAUGACAUUAUUCUGAUGCUACAGGAUAUAUCAUGAGAAAACUAAGUGCAAAACUGCCUUUGUGAGAAUUUCUGCAUUCAAAUAUCUAUGAAUCUCUCACAGACCCAAACGACAGGCUCAGAUACAGUGAGAUUUACUAUGUAGCAAAUCCAAGCUCCGCCCCCCCGAGCCCCACUAUGCAGGCCAGACUCGGAGAAAUAGAGAGGAUGAUCGCAGAACAAGCGUGUUUGUUAGCGCAUUGCAAUGCUCGUAAGAAAGCUAAUUAUGAAAUUAACUUUCAUUAUGUCCCCUAAAGAAAUUAGUGUCCAAGAGCUCAAUAGCUCCUAUGUUACCUGCCACUUCUACUACACCGGCAAUGUUAGGCUACAAGCUAGCGCGAAGAGGAGUGUGCAGAGCAGCGCUGUCUCCGAAUUGCUAAUGAGCUCCUGGAAUUCUGCAGAAGAAAAGCCCUUGAAAAUGACACAGGUAACGUGAUUUUGGCUAAAAACUUCAUAAUCACAAUUUAAAGACACUUUAAAUUGUAAAAAGAAAAACAAUCGAAGUGGGACUUUAAAAUGUUCUACUUUUAUCUGCUAUAAAUUCCUGAAAAUUUUCACAUUACAACAUGUAUUUUAAAAACAAAUCAUGUUUUUUUUCCAAUAUUGUGGGGAUGUAACCUUGCAUGACAGCCUUGCAACUGAUUGAUCAUUGAAUCUUCUGCUCAAUCAAAAUGUUCUGCUGCAGUCUCAUAUGACCCCCUUUACAAAAUGAUACAAGGGAGGCAGAAGGAAAUAUCUGAGUUAGAGUUGAGAUGAAAAAUUCAGCUGUUUGUGCUCACACAUGCAGCUCAGGACAUUUUUAGGAAUUUUUUGCAUGUCCAGUUGUGGUUUUUAGUAGUAAGUUUAUUCAUCCUCCUAAACCUUACUUCUUCCAACACUAGGAUCUGGUUUCAACUUUCAGUCGCGCCUCCCCAAGCUGAUCUUUAUAAAGAAUAUGAGCUGGAAGUGGCCAUCAUGACCACAAAGUUGAACUUUUCAUUCAUUCAUAUUUGUCAUAGCCACCGUUUCUUCCUUUAUACUCACACAUAGAAUUUAUCCCCAGAGAUCGAAAGUAUUGAUGUGACUCGCUGUCUUAGUUGGUUGUAGAAGGUGGGGGGUUGUGGACCUUCCUGACUGUUAGUUCCGUGUUCACACAUUAGAGUUGCCACACAGCCAGGUCCUCGGGAGACUCAUAAUUACAGCCGUCCUUUCAGAUUAGUCCAGAAGCCUGUCCAACUGUGGCUUCACUCCCUGCUCGUUUAUUUCAUCCUUUCCCCCCUCUCCUGAGAGGCACACCUCAGCACAAUGACCAGGCUAGCCUCUACAACAAUGUAUGUGAUGAUAAACACAGUGGCUCCUAAUUGAUAGAGUGAUUCAGACAAGGGCUGCCUUUGCAAAUUGGUCCCCUGUGAGUUUACUGCACAGAGUUGGGACUCGUGGGUUUCAGCUCUUGCCUCGUUCGAGCGGAGAGAGAGGAAAUAGAAAAGGCUGGACCUGCUGAGUGAUAAAGAGGCUGUCUUUGCCUCCUUCAGCCCCGUCUGAAUACAAGGCACAGUUCAGCAGAGGUUGGCUGCUGUAAUCCUCUCAGUGUCUCCAGGAAGGCUCAGGUUAGUGACCUGCUGCUUUGUGAUGUCUUGUAAGAUUUUCAGAGAACACCUCACCUUUAAUCCCCCACCGUUCAACUAACACAUUAGCUCAACCACUCCUGACCCAGCCCCCUGCAAUAAAGCCUUUUAUCCAGCUCAAUAAGGUCAUUUCAAGUUAAGUAUUGAUUUCCUUGGUGUCCAGAGAAAAAAUGGAUUUUUAAAGAGCUGUUAAUUACAGCUGCACACUGCAUUAUAUAGAGAACUUAAUUUUGCCAUGGCAGUGCGUUCAAAGCUCAGCUUGUUGGUCACAGUGAGUGUUCUUUAAUCUGCCUUUUUUUUCAUGGGUACUUUAAGGUUAGGCUUUAAAAGAUCAAAGAAUAGAAUAAGCCUCGGUAAAGUGUGCGAUAAGUGACGAUAUCACUCAGCCUUGCAAUAUCAAUACGCUGUGCCGUUAAAAAUAUCGAAGUCUAAGCUGGUACUUUAAGUUGUUUCUCUUUGUAGUUGGCACAAUACCAGUGUUUGCAACUUUGCUGCUGAAAUCUAAGAAGCGCCUUUUUUAACCACUUAGCUAACAUCACUCCAUCUUGAGGUAGUUAAUAGUUAGUUUGAGCUUCAUGCCACUACAGCAAUAGUGUGAAAGCAAAGCCUCAUACAAAAAGGGCAACCAUCCUAAAGGUAAAAUGAGAAAAUCUCUCUUUUACUUUUUAAAAAAUUGAGCUUUUUGUUGUUUUGUUUUUUUGUGAAUGUUCUGAUUGUAGUGAAUUGUGCUACUCUGGAGUGGAAACAGAAAAUAAGGAAAAAGAUUAAAUAUUGAAGAUUUUUAUUUUCCUUUUUGUUGGGUUGGAGAUGGUUAUUAGGAGGCAAAGCUUGAGAACGGGGAACAGAGUGAAUAAUUUUAGAAGUACAUGAAUAAUGUGAGCAUGGAUGUUUCCUUCCCAGAUAGUAAAACAAAAAAAUGUAUUAAUUAAAAAUAUGGUUAGACUGAACAGUCUUCUAAAAAAUGCAGUACAGAAAAAGCAAUGCCAAAAUAUUGCCAAACUUUAGACAUCUUUGUCGUUUUUUUGAGGUUGGAAGUUUUUUGAAUUAUCUUUAGUCAAAAUUCUCAAAAGAAAAUUUAAGUCUUAUUUUCAAAAUUGGGUUUAAAAUUUUAUCAGGAACACAAAACACCUUGUCGAUUGAGUUGGCUUAUUUGGCUCCUUUUUUUCCCAGUAUGUUUAAAAGCUAAAGCUGAUCAAAUGUUCUAAAUCAACAUCAAACUUCACACGCAUCUCUUCCUCCUCCAUCCAUCUUUACUUCAGAGAUUCUCAGGCUUCUCAAAUGAAUGAAGUCCUCUCUUUAAUGCAGGCCUGCCUGUUUUCAUGUUGCUGCUUUUCUUGUCUAAAUGAGGACUGAAUAGAGUUGUUUCCUGUGGGUAUGGGAGGAACACCCUUGUGCAUAUGAAGCCAGAACUCGAGAGCCUGUGAGAAUUAUACGAGACAUUAAAAUGACUGUGUUAGAAUAUGUUACGAGAUUACUAUAAUAAUACCCUGUCACUAAACCUAAAAAUAGGAGUCGUACUCUACCAUGUACAACGCCAAGUACUUCAAAAAUACGUCACCAUGUGCUACAAUCAUGAAAAGCUCUCUCUCUCUCUCUCUCUUCGUCUGUAUACAUGUGAAUAUAUAUAUCUUGUGUGUGUGCAUGACACACCGCUGUUAUUUUUAGAGUCUCAUACAUGGUACCUAAAUGUAGAGCCAGUUAAAGAAGGUAAGUAUGGUAUGGUAACUUUUAUGAUAUUGCUUUCAGACAUUGGGUUUGUAUGUGCGUGUGUGUUUAGGUGGGAGGGAUUUCCAUUGUGUCUUGGAGAAUGGCUUUCGUGUGUGUGAUCACCGUGGCGUCACGCAUGCAACGUCUGGCCUUGAAGUCUUUUUUUAUUGACUUAUGCUUUCAGUGCAAAGCUCCAACAGUAAAGGAUGUUAAAGUAUUUUUUUUUUAACAAGCAGACGCUGGACUGGAGUUAGAUGUUAAGAUCAGCAGACAUUAUCCUCUGACUUCCACAGGAGAUUUGGCUGCUAAAGGGGUCUGAGUGCUGAGUAGCUGAGCAGAGAUUAAAGAAAGAAAAAAAUAAACUCUCCCAGAGAUAAUGGUGCUACGCUGUCGGAAACACCUGCAGGGUUGACCAGCUGGAGAAGUCUUUUAUAUUUAGUGGAAUUGUUUAAGCUUACAUGACUUACAUUGUGUUCUCGCCACAGUAGUUCUGCACGAUUCGUUCUUUUGAAUUUAUCAUCAGCAUGGUCUUUGGCCCUUCAGCCAGAGUUAAAAUAAUGCUAAAACUGAUAGCAUGGUGUAUCCCUCCAAAAAAAGGAGCACUGUCAAUUUUCUUCCAAGCCACAAGUCACAGGUUCCCCUCCACUUGGCAGGCGGUGGUCUCCCAUUGAUAUCACGAGUAUAAAGGCUUCUUGCCCCUGCCUGCAUUUCCCAAAACCUGGGCCGAAUGCCUUCAUAUUGUUGGUUUAGCCUAUUGUGAUGCUAAUGUCUGCCUGAGACCCUUGAGUCAUCUAUCACGGAUGACAGGAAAGCUGGGGCCAUUGUGUUGGCCCAGCAAACACACAAACACACACACAUACACAUGCACGGGAAAGCAAACACAUACUGUGCUGCUGCCGACAUAACUUUAAAAAGGAAGACACAAAAAGAGGCUUGUACAACAGACUAGAUCAAAAAUUUAUUGAAGGAGACAAAUGUCCUGGUUGAUUUUGAAUGGAUGGAAGUGAUUCUGUGAUGCCUGCCAAAAACAAUAUUUGUAAAUCUGAUCUUUUAGGAAAUAGGGGAUACACUGCCAAUAAGUAAUAUGUAAAUGUGAAAAGUCAAAUCAUGAUUUCCCAGACAUCUAGGUAACAUCUUUUAACUCCUUGUAAAAUUGCACCAUCAGUCCAUAAAAGAGAUGACUCAAAAAAGUUUAAUUUUGUUCCCUUUCUUGCUCAUAUUUCUGUUGAUUUAUUGAUUUUUUUUUUUUUGCAUUAUUAUAUAAGUAGAAAGUGAUGCAUGUAUAAUCCAAUCAGUAACAGCAUACUGGGUUGAUCUGUCAAUAUUUUCCUGAAGGACUUACCCGGUCUACAGAAUCCUAAAUGAAAAACACUCUGAGAAGCCUCAGGUGGUUCUAUUCAGUGUCCAAUUUGUCCGACCAACAAUCCUAAACUCAGAAACGUUUGGCUUUAACAGAGUGAGGGGAAGGGAAAGUACAAGGUUUGCACAUCCAAUCUUUUACUUUAAAAUAUUUUACAUUUUAGCUCAAAGAGGAAUUUGAAGAUGAUUGUCAAAAUAUAACUCUGGGGUCGACUUCUGAUUUACAGGACUCGUGGCCCAUCUUGAACUUAAGCACUGAGAACCAGGACUUGCACCUUGAAGAUGUUGUGCAGUUUUUAACGCAAGGGAUAAUGUAUGAUGAAAGGGUAGAUAUGUAAAUAGAAUCCUGACAGGGUGAGCUGUACUAUCUAGAUGUGCGAUACAUGAUCCUGCUCAUUACCCACCUACUGACUCACGUCACAAACAAAGUGGCACUAGAUAUUAAUUAAAGUUGAAAAUGAUAUUCGUGCAGAUUAAAAAGUCCCUUUGAAUUUUCAAACAAAUGGACAAGAGUGGGGUGAAAAAAGAUGAUAGUAAUUAAUAAUUAAAAAGAUUACAAAAACAACAAAAAUUAUACUAUUAAAAUAAAAUAAACCAAUAAAGAUGAGGAAAAGAUAUAAAAAACAAAAUAACAGUAAAUCAAAUGAAGUUACAACAACAGUAACAGCCCGUACUUACAUCCAUAGAAAGUGCACUACAGAGGUAAAUCAAAACAAGACAGAGAGUGGUACAGGAAACAGAAAUAACAGCAGGAGACCUUUUAGGCUAUUUACCCAAACAUUGAGUGAAUUCCAGAAUCAAGCUCUAUUUCAAUUCUGACCAAGUAAGUUACCUAUAGGAGCAACUCUAUUAUCUAAAAAGAUUAAAAAUCUUCCCCAACAUAAAUCAAAAACUGACGGGUCAUUUCUGAUGGCAAGUCUGAUGAGAGUUCUAAAGAAACACCACAGGGGUCGCCGCUUUUCCACUUGAUAGCUAUACAUUUGUUAGCUGCAAUUAGAGCUAAUCUGACAAAAUGAGUAUUAACUCUCAUUUUAAUUGGUAAAACCGAUAGGUCCCCCAAUAGUGUCAGCCGUGGAUUGGCUGGGAUUUCCACCCCCACAAUUCCUUUAACAAUGUCGCCUCUGAAUAUUUAUGGCAAAUGCAAGAAGGAGCAGAGAACUCAAGAUGCACUCAAAGCACCAAGUGAAAUGGUGAAGUGAGUCAACCACUGGGUCUAAGAUGCUAGUUUACCUAAAAUUCUCAUUAAUAGCUGAAGGGCUUUAGGUCUGUCUUUUGAGAGAAUAAAACACCUACAUCAAUCCGGUUGCAUCAAAACUGACAAGUGUGUCUCCUACUUAAAGAGGAAUGGUGUGCAUUUACUCAUGAUGACACAAAGAAGUGUUAUUUUAGAUCUCCACAUACACUGACAGGAUCAGUCACAAUCUAAUAUUCCUCAAUGUGAUUUCAGCACAUCUGUGAAGUCCGAAAAGUCAAGGUUCAAAUAGUAUAACGGCAGCCCUCCUAAUAAUGUAUAAUAUUAUUGAUAAUGAGGACUUGACUUGGACUUGGACUCUGGUAAAUGGGAUCCUAAUCUGAUUUCUCUUUGGUCACACUCAACACUGAACUCGAUGCACUCAUAGGACACUGUUUGACUUUGUCUCAGAAUGGCUGUGAGGCAUCUCGAAUGAUAUCUGUAAGAUGAAAGAAUAAUGUAGAUUACAAGAUAUCCAGAGAUUAAAGCAAGGAAAGGCAGCUGCAAUAAGUUUGGAUUAAAACUGAACUGAGGGAAGGGUUAAUGAUAGAUGUGUCCUGACAGUCCGGGCUGCACCACAUGUGAACGCUCUGUUCUGUGAGGCUGCCCUCUCAGGGCCUGCACAGACACACAGACACACACAUGCAGGCAAUCUGCCGACUGAUUCUCAGCCAGGCCCAGCGCCGUCUCAUGGCAGAGUGCUGGACCAGAUGUGACUGUGGUUGUGCCUGCAUUAGAAAAAAGUGCUGUUACAGGAAAUGGAUGCUUUUAAAAAGGAAGAGAAAGAGGCUGCAGAGCAGUAAAGUAUUGUUCUUGUCUUUUCAAAGGACAUAAGAAAGCCAGUUAAACACUUUAAUACACCAUUACUUAAAUGAGCAUUAAUGUUUUCGGUUACACAGGUGCGAAAAGCUACGAGUCAAUUCAAUGGCUCUGCUUUAAUUAGUAUCCCCCUUGUUCAAGAAUCAUGUAAAUUUAGAAAUAUUUCAAAGACAAUCUAUCUCUGGUGUUUCUGGAUUUUUUAUGUUAUCCUCUUUCACUUUAUGCUGUAUUGAUUUUUAAUGCAUGAAGGCAACUGUUGGAGGCAGUGGUUGUCGCACAAUGACCGUUUUACUCGAGAUUAAAAAUGGAUUCAGCUCUCUGUUUCUGUAAAUGAUGGCUUUCAAAUGUUCUUAAUGGUUUUUUAGUAAGCAUUAAAAUACAUCUCUUAAUUUCUUUGUUUUAUUUCUGCUUCAUGUUGUGGAGUCAACUUCACCAAGAGUUUAUUUUGACAGUCUCAUGAAAGAGAAGCCAUAGGAAGUUAUUUCUGGGUGUGGUAUCUCUGAGGUUGGUCCACACUGCUCUGUGACAAUACACUCCAUUGUUAUUCACAUAGAAGCAGCCUGUCCCAGGUUCCUUGGCGAAAGGGUGCUGAGGGCCAAAUUGGAUUUCUGACAGGAUGAGGAAUCUACUCUGGGAAGGUCUGGAGAAAGUUGAGCCACUCUGUCUGUCUUUGUUGGGCUGCUACUGGAGUGCCAUUCAUAUGUUCAAGAUCCUCCAGAGUCAUUGAGAUUCAGGGAAUUCCCUGCGGCCUGGUGGAGAACUCCUCCAGCUGCUCAACAGAACAGGGGUCACACACCAUAGAUAUUUAAUCCUUUCCUGCUGAUUUGAGUGGCAAUAACUUAAAGAGUGAAUUUUUUUAGCCAGCUCUGAGUCUGGCUUCAUCUACAGGGAUUGACUUAGUUUGGAGAGAGCUGUUUAGAUUGAUAAGAAAUCUUCAAAAACAUGUAAAGUCAAAAAAGUAGUGCUGGUUUCCAAAUCAAUCAGUGAUCUGGUUCAUGACUUUCCUGACUCUCUUUCCGCUCCUCCUGUCUCUGGUCAGGCUGUCCUGUAUGAAAGAGGAUUAGGGCCACAAGAAGAGAAAAAAAUAAUUACAGAGGGGAGAUUUUUUUCAUUUCCAUUUCGAGAUUAAAGUUGAAAUUUUGAGAUUAAAGUCCAAAUUUAAAAAUGUCAAAAUGAAAUGCCGUAUGGCUUAAGUUUGUCGUAGCCAUCCAUGUGCCAGAGCGCAUUGGGUCCUCGGUUUCGGUAAUGCCUGCGUCUCAGACGCCGCGCUUGUCUGUGCUCCACAACUUCAGGAUCAAUCAACUUGAUCAGUUUUCUUGUUGUGUCUUGCGAUACAACAUAGCCUUGCUGUAUAGCACGCAGGUGUAACCAUCGAUAACCCUACAUCUGCAUCAUAAUCUUCGGCCUAGCCUUUUCAAAGCCCGAAUACUUAUGACCACAUUGUGUUUGUGCGCUAAAAGAGCAAAGAUUUCCUUAUUACUAAAUCCAAAGUACAGCUUUACAAACUCUUCUACAGAGGACAUGCUGUCUAGUGUCAAGCAAUAAUGCUGUUGAUUCAUUACGAAGAAGAAGAAGAAGGAGAAGAACUUUAUUAGUCCUCGAAGGGAAAUUCAAUUACGACUUUAUUCACGAAAUUUCGUCUUUAUUUGUGUUGACUUUAAUCUUGUAAUUCAACUUUAAUUUUAAAAUUUGGACUUUAGUUUCAGAUUUUAUUUUUUUUUAUCUCGAAAUUUCAACUCUUAAUCUUGAAAUUGUAACUUUAUUGACAUAAUUUUGAGUUUUUAAUCACAAAAUUUCAACUUUAAACUCCUUCCUGUAAUUAUUUUUGUCCUCUUCAUGUGGCCCUAAUCCUCUUUCGUAGUCCUGUCCAUUAAAUGUUGAAAGCGAGAUGAAAAUAUAAAAAAGGGAAAAGAAGUGUUUGUGUAUUUUUAAGAGACAUAAAUGUGCAGUAUCUUGUUUUGUGUUAUGGUGUCAAAAAAUGUCUGAUGAUGCUUUAGUUUUGUUAGAGAUAGAAAACCGUCCAUUUUGAAGGGUUCAAAUGUUUUCACUUGUGGGUCAACUGAGAUACUGAACAUCUGCCAAAAUAUAUUUAUGAGCAAAAUUUAACUCAACAUGUCUGAGUACCACUCAAAAAGUAGUUUUUCUUUUUGACUGCUUUUAUUAUCAUCAGUUUGUAAAGUUUUUGUUACGAGACCAGAAUCUACUACUUGUUGUGUUGUGUGUGGUUCCUUUUCAUUGCCUAAGACUCUCUCUUGAUUUCAAUGUUAAGGAGACAUCCAGAUCACCCACACAAAAACUGCAGACAGCAUAAUGAAUACUUUCGAAAAGUUAGCUGGAACUUUCCUGCAGUGUUUUGAUGGAGAACUAACUAUUAUUUGCUAAUUGUGCUGUAAAAUGAUGGGGUAUUUAUUAAAUUUUACAUUUCGUAUGACUAGAAAUAAAAUCAGCAGAUUUCAGGAAGACCAUGUCAGAGAGCCAUCACAUUUAAAAGUAUCCUAAAACUUAAAUGGCUGAUCGUUUCACUGUUAAAACUGCAGUGAUUACCUCUACAUCUUGUCUUUUCUGAUUAUAGGUGGUGUGACAACAGCUCUCUCAACUUUUUUGAGCGUUAAGGACAAAGAGACAGUUCUUUGUAUAAGGCCUUUUUCUUUUAUCAUGGAAGGUGUUGUAUCUUUGAAAUUUCAGGUGGUAAAAGCUGAGAUGUAAAGCAUUUUGAGUCCUGAAUGUAAACUGACACAUUUUUGUCAGCAAAUGUUGUUUUGCAGUGGAAACAUGGGCAGGGAAAGAAAAGAUUGCAGGCUAUUCAGGAGCCACAGAGUUUUUUCUCUUUCUUUUUUUUUUCCCGGCAUGGUGUAAAGAAUGAAUAAUUCAUCAGUAAGCAAGCUUUCAGCUGGCUGUUUGUGUGCUUUGAUCUGGGAAUCAGGAGUUUGCAUGAAUGCCUGUAUUGUCAUGUUACGUUUCCACAGUGCAUGAAUUAUUGACAAUGGUGCCGUUCCCUGCUUCAUGCAGUAAAGUUUACACUGCAGACACACUGCACAGGCAGGCCCCGAGUUGUAAAUCCCCAGAUGUUGUUUAUUUGUCCUGUGAGGUCAUGUGACCGGGUUCACUCAGGCUGGCCUCGCCCAUGUGUUGAGUGUGAAAAGAGUUGCAUGGUCAACCUUUAACAAACUGCAGCUCCAUGUCAGAGCCCAGCCCUCCUACCAUGUCUUUUAAAGCAACAACAAAGGUGUGGGUGUAGCCAGGUGCUGCAGGUAUCGCAGAUCUCUAGAUGUUGACAAGUUUACAGCACUUUGUAUUUGUUCAGACUCAGAGAGCUUUAGUGAACGCUUAAAUCAAACCUUUGUGCUGCAAUUGUUCUGGACUGUUAUGACAUAACUUUGAGGCCGGAAACUUGAGGAAGUACAAAACAUAUGACAAAGACUGGGGGUGGACUGAUUAUCAGUCAGUAUAAUGUGUAUCAGCCUUUUAUCUUACAGAUGGCUGAUGAAAUUAAGGUGUUGAAAAAAGGGCACUGCUCGGCUCCACUGCAAGUGUGUCAUUCCUUCUGGAUCUGUUUUGUGCACCACUAUGUCCCUCCCACAACGCCAUCUUAUUGGCUGGGUGUCACUCAGCUGUGAUGCAACUGGAAGUGUAACUGGUUAACUGUUAACUUUUGUCUGUGAUGUUGGAAGUUUCACUUUGGAUCAAACAUUUACCAGGCAUUGAAGCAAAGUUUAGUGUUGGAGUUUGUAAUGUUCUGAAUUUAACAAUUUGACAGGGAGUUUUUUCAUUUUUACCGUUAGUACAUUAAUGAUUUUGCUGCUAUUUUAUGGAUUCAACCAUUGAAAACUCACCAAACCUUUGUGUCGUCUUGUCUAUAGAUUUAUACAACAUGUUCCAUAUACAGCAGUACCUCCAUCUUUUCUCUUUAAUCUAUUCUGACCCAUUGUCCCCAUCACGUAGUCACAUCUUUGAUGCGCUCCAGUUUAUAGAGAAUGCAUUUUCUUCUGAUUACCUAAGAUACGGCUUAUUAGUACAUGCGGGGUUCACUGCAGUCCAAUUGUGUCAUCUCAAGAGUGGACCUUUAAUUGAUAAUGAGGUGAAUGUAGAAAAAUGUCUUAUUGUACUGAGGGUACGGUGAAUUUUAUGGAGCAGCAGAGCAGAUCCAUGUCGUUGGUUGGCUACAGCUGGACACAUAAUUAGAGUGCCUCUUUACCUAUAAUUUGUGUAAUAGUUUUGCUUGGCGGCGUGUUAUUACCAUAUGAAAGGGCUAAGCAGGGGUCAUGCGCAUUGCUACAGCAAUUAGAGCAGAGCUGAGGGCAGAAGAAUGUUUGGAGCCGUUGUUAAUUGGAAAUCCGUACAAAGCUAUGCUUUAAUUAUAAUUUAGUCAGAGCUGCACUGUUUUAAGCCCAAUAUAUUCAGUCGCCAUUAUUUUCUGUAAUAAUAUGAACAGCUAGGUCUGUUUCCUUUCACAGAGGCGGGCUUUGAAGAGAAGGAGAUUGAAUUAGAUUAAUUUGAAAGGCUGUGCUGCAGCGAGUUCUUUUCAUGCUAAUGUAACAUGGUGUUUUCACAAGCACAUCGGAUCUGGUUUGUUUAGGAGAUGUGGACAUAUCUUCUGAUUUGCAUACACUUGAAAUAUCACAAUAGACCUAAAGUUUAUACAUUUGAAUAAACUCAAAGGGUAACCUGACCAUUUCCUGAACUGAUGUAUGACACAAACUGGGAAAAGCGCAAGUAGUGAGAUUUUUACAGGUAUUCAUUUAUUUGUGCUUCUGAUAAAAUCACCUUAACUAAUGUUAAUACUAAAAUCUUAAACUGUAGUACAUUAUUCUUCCUGAAUUAUCACCCCACAUCCUUAUUAAACACCCAUCUGUGUUGAAUUCUUGAUUCUCAUUGGUCAAAAACCUUUGACAGUUUACAAUUCUUAAUACUAGUAGGGAUGGGCAAUGAUUUGAAUAGUCUCUAACAUUUAAAAGACUGAAUAGUUAAUGUGCCAAAGGUUUUGUUUUCACCAAAAAAAAAAAAAAAAAAAAAAUAUAUCGAAUAGCGCUUUAGUUUGAAAUGCCCAAAUUCCAGUGACAACCUGAUCACAUAUGUCAUAGAGCACAAAUCAAAUCAAAUCAAUCCUUGGUAUGAAGUUACAGCUCAUCUGGUACCAUUUAUGAUUUCACCUCUUCGUGUUGACAGUCUGGUAAAAACAUAACAUGCUGAUAGCAUCGAUGGACAGCAUGCAGGGAAAUGUUUCGUAUCAAUAAUCUCCAUUUAUCUGGAGAGCACAAAACUUUGGAUUGGUGGUUAGUGGCUGACCAGACAACUGCAGACUAAACAAGAGAAGCAAUGUUGAGACGGCACAAAAAUGGAGGAGGAAUGUUAAAGCACACAAGGAGCUGAGUCAAAGAGAUGUCGAAGAACAGAACAGACAGACAGACACAAGAAACCACAAACCAUGAGUGUAUGUGCUCUGGCAGUGUGUAGGGACUGGUUGAGAGAGAAGAAAAGACCAAUAGAGAAGUCACAAGGUAGAGGCGCUGCUGUUGUUUCCUGCAUCUGUUAAAAAUACCAAAGAAAAAUGUUAGUUUUAACAGAAAGAUGUCAAAAUACAUGAUGCAUUAACUUUGUUGCAUUGGGGCUGCCUGGAUGUAGACCAGUCAGUAACCCCUGUUCACUGCUUGAAGUGCUAAUGGGCACGUAAGGUAAGAAUCCAAACUGGACUACAGAAAUGGAAUAAAGCUGUCUUGAUUAAAAUGAACAGUAGUGGUUAAUUAAGGCCUCCUACUUUUUCGACUUACUCAAACCUUUUACAAACUAAACUACAACCAUUAACAACCAAAGUGUGCGUAAGAGUUCUGAAGAAUCGCUCCUUCAAAAUGUUGUUGAACACACACAGCUUCAAACCUGGUGCUGGAGCCUUUUAAAAUUCCAUGUUUAAUUUGAACUUUUUGUUGUUGACCUGACUCAACCUUUCACAGUAUUUGAAGAUAAUUUUUGAAACAUAUUUCUCCUCUCUCUGUUUUUUGUCAGGCCGGAAUGAACUGAUAGCAAGAUACAUCAAGCUACGCACUGGGAAGACAAGGACUCGUAAACAAGUAAGAUGCUCUGUUGCAUGAGUGUCACAUGGCAGUAAAUGUCUGAAGACUGUCGUAUUUGAUUUUACACAACGUAAAAAAAGACUGAAUUUGACAUAAUGUUCUUAAAAGCAAAGACUCUGAAAGAAAAACUGCAGUAUAUUCGGGCAAAUAAAAGUUCAUUUAGAAAUUUCCUCCUUUGAAAACCUAAACAUAAAACAAAAAAAUGUUUCUGUAUUGUACUGUAUACUAAGGGCGGGAGAAAAAAUUGAAACAGCAUAAACUCGCAAUAUUUUCUCUGGUGAUAUAUCAUAUCGUCUCAUUGACCAAGUAUCAAUUUUUCUAAUUAAAAUAAAAUCAACUGUUUGUCCAGUGAGGUUGGCAGAGGUGAAAUCAUAGAGCAGGAGGAAGUUAGUACAACAAAUAUAUUCAAGGCUUGCAAGAUGUGCUACAUGAAAAUAAAAUAUUGCAUCAAUAAGACAAACAUAAAGGAAAGCCAAAUGUUAAAUUAGCUAAGCAGUUGAAAAGAUUGUAUAAAUCGCAAUAUAUUGAAUCGCAAUACUCACUGUAUUGGAAAAUGUUAAAAAUCACAAUAAUAUCAUAUCGUGGCCCAACUAUCGUGAUGAUACCGUAUCAUGGGCCCCUUCUGUAUACAUCAAAUAUUAUUGCUGCUGUGGCUGAACCGUACAUGCAUUCAGUUUUAUAAAUAAAUCAUGGAGGUUGUGCCACUCGGUCAGUUCUCAGGCCAUAAUUAAAAGAAGUUGGAUGCCUCGGAUCAAAGAAGGUAGUACAGCUGAAGGAUGCAUCUUAAUGUCUACAAUCCAUAUCUCUUACCACAGAGCUGAGCACUGACUCUUGAAUCAAACAUUAUGUGUAUAUGUCAGCAGUAUUAAAUUGUCAUGUAAAUGUAAUAAAAGCAACAUGGAAUUAAGGACUCUAUGUUCCUUUUUAUGUCCGUCAUAGGUCUAAUAGUACUAGGAAUAAAUGAAAGGAUGCUGUUGAUUUUCGUUUUUACAUUAAAGCUCUGAUGGCGCUUCAUGACCCACUAACUGACCAUCGUACUCAUAAACAGACUCGAAUGACCACGAUAAACAAGCCAGUGUCCUCACAGUUACAUCUGAUCACUGUGUGUGUGUGUGUGUGUGUGUGUGUGUGUGUGUGUGUGUGUGUGUGUGUGUGUGUGUGUGUGUGUGUGUGUGUGUGUGUGUGUGUGUGUGUGUGUGAAUUGAUCAAUUUGCACCAGAAAGGCAGUGUGGUUUCUCUCUCUUAUGUGAUUCCCCUCCUCCAAAUAGAAACAGAGUGAGAGACGUGGUCAUUAUCACUCACAUCAAAUCUGUUUCUGUUGCCACGUUAAAUGCUUAUGAUCGUCAUGUUGUCAUGCUUCAGCCAAAAAGUGUUGUAUAUAACUAAUGGCAAAUUAAAUCACGAUCAAAAAUUUUUACGAGACAUAUUUUUAACUUUUGUUACAUUCUGCUUCUUCUGACUCAUUUAAACUUUAUCUACAAUUUUCCUCUUUGUAGUCUCAGAAAUUAAAAAUUGAAAUUAAAACAUCUUGUCGAUAUAUUUGCAGGAAAUUUAAUGCUAUAACCACACACCUUGUUUUCAUUAUCAGCUGAACUGCAGGUAAUAUCUUUAACAAAACACGUGAAAUUAUUAAAACAAUGCUAAGCAUGAAUGAGCCUCCAAAGCCAAAAGCAACAUCUUUAAAAGCCCACAAAAUUAAAUCACUGAAUUUACACCAGCUCACCACAAAAAAUAUUUUCUUUUCUCCAAUAUCCUCUAUAAGCAAUUUGAUGAGCUUCAACAUAAUAAUAAAUAAUAAUAAAGAGCAAAAUGUUGCUCUGAUUUUUUGGGCUUUUUCCUUUAAGAAAUGAUGAACGGGAUUAGUUAAAAAGCAUCUGAUUAAUUAUCAGGUUUCAUCUCUAGUUUUUAUAUCAACCUGAAUUGCAAAGCCCUUAUUAUUGACCCACAGAGGCAACACCAGAUUUUUUUUAAUUCGACCACCUUCUCUGUGUUGGAAAGUCUGUACUUGUGUGAGAAAGACAAUCCUCGCUCUUAAGCCUGCCAUCAAAACACUUUACAUCUCUUUCAAACCAACACUUUCACUGCUGAGCAUCUCAUGUGAGAAUCAGCGAAAAAUUUAAACCAUGUGAAUGUCUGAAGUAAAGUUGGUCGGUAAAAUGCCUCGGCCGGCCCUCAGGAGAGUACUAGAGCAACCGAUUGUCAUUCAGCACACAGCAGAUCACAUCUGGAUGUUCUUAAUGUGAGUGAAAGGGUUCUGCAUCCUCCUUAAUCAGUUCACUUAACAACAACAACACAACACACAGCAUAAUGCAUUAUCAGCUGUUAGCUCUGUGCGCGGUGUAGAGAUGCCUUUGUUAUGCACCGUAUCACAUCUAAGUGAUUUUAUUUAUCAAAAAAAAAAGAAAUGUAUCAUCUACUUUUAUGGCUUUACUUGUUUUUUUAUUUCCCAUUUUCUCUUUUUUUUUAACGGAGGUGUCUAGUCACAUACAGGUCUUAGCAAGAAAGAAAGUUCGAGAAAUCCAAGCUGCCAUUAAGGUACGUCUGGCUUUGCCCAGUUGCAGGGGGCUUUUCAUUGCCAUGGUUACAGGCUCUUCCUUUGUUUUCCUCCCCUCCCCUACCCUGCAGGUGUCUAGUCACAUUCAGGUUCUUGCCAGAAGGAAAUCUCGUGAGUUUCAUUCCAAGCUAAAGGUAUGCGCUUCUCUGCUUGUGGGCUUGUUGGUUGCUGUGCGUCUUGACUUCCUGUUUCCCGUGGUUACAGAGUGAAUGCCUGUUGCUCUGAUUUUUUUCCCCCCUAACCAAAAAUCCACUGUUAACUGUAGUCUUGUUCAUAUUUUCUACCCCUCCCAUCUUCUCGGUUCAUCUCUCACUCUCCUCUGACUUGCUGUCACUGUCCUGUCUACUUUGUUUCAUCUUCAUUUAAUCACUUUUUAUUACCCGCCUUUGCUUUGAGAGCAGCUGGUCAGCAUAUACUGUAUUUACAUGAGUUGAUAUGCAAGCGCCUGGAUUACUCAGGCUAAUACUACGGGUUAAGUUAGAUAAUCAUGUAUUGGCCAAAAACCCACAACGGGCAGAAAGCAUGUUUAUGAACAUCUUUAAAUUGUUAUUAUGACACAGUUGUGGCCAAGACACAUUUUACAGAGUAUACAGCAAUGCUAGCUGAAAAAUGAGGCCGUUACCCCGAAUUUUCACCACAUCCUGAACAGCUCCGAUCCGGAAUUUCGCCAUCUGCCAAUUCCUACCUGAUCCGUUUGUGAGGUGAAUUUCGUGGCAGAUAAUUGACAGCAGAAAUCGCGAGAUUAAUAUUGGACAGCAGGAAACUCUCAAGAGCCUGCUGAUUCACGUGCAAUCGGGCGAUAACGUGUUGUCUCUCUAAAGACAGCCACAUAACCAUAUAAGCAGUACACUGUGUCCUUCCAGAGGAGGAGAUCCACUUCUAGACUUUUAGAUUAGUAUCUUCUCAUCCAUGGUGUCAUCGAGGUGAAAUUCUGUCUAAAAACCUUUCACUUGUUCGUCUCCGCCCGUUUGCAUGGUGUGAAAUACAAUCUGCCUGAUCCACAUAGUAUUUUAUUUUAAAAAAGAAGCCGGAUAUUUUAUUUUGUGUCUCUGCCCGAAAAAAUAGAACUCUUGCGAUCAGCUACGGAGUCUAUGGAAGUAAAUCUGUACCAUCUGAUUUUGAAUUUGAAUUUCUAAAGCUGAAUUUUUUUGGCAUUAAAAUCAGACGUUGAAUUUCAAAACCAUCGAAUGUCAAGCAUGCAUUUUUAUUUCUGACCCAGAUUUUUUCCGCAAUGAUGAAAUAAAUUCAGUGUAAAAAAAAAAGAAAAGGUCUCUCAAAAAUAUUCGUUUAGUAAAAAUUCAACUUAAAUAGAAAAUUCGAUGUCAAAUUAUUCAGUGUAAAAGAGACAGACUCAACAUCCAGGUAACCAGGGAGAAGCAAUCAACUCCUGGCUCAAUCAUCCAUCGUCCAGCCGAUCAAUUAAUGCUAGAUUGGUCAUGUGGCACAGACCCUAGUGGAAGAUUGAAUCCAAUCGAUUGCUUCUCCCUGGUUGCCCGGAUGUUGAGUUGGUCUCUUUCACACUGAAUUUUUUGACACUUAUUUUAUGUUUAAUUUUUUUACACAGUUUUUUAAGUUGAAUUUUCACUAAACGAAUAUUUUGAGAGACCGAUUUUUUUUCCCCCCGAAUUUAUUUCGUCAUAGUGAAAAAAAUUAGUGUCACAAAUAAAAUUGCGUGCUUGAAAUUUAAUGGUUUUGACUUCAAAGUCUGAUUUUGAUGCAUAAAAUUUCAGCUUUAGAAAUUCAAAUUCCAAAUCAGAUGGCACAGAUAGGAGUCCGACAAUCCGCAGCGGAACGGAAAGAAGCCAGUGGAAAUUGACACAUUAACUUCAAUGGUUACGAUCAGCUACGAUCGGCGGAUACGGUCUUUUCGUAGCUGUUCCGGAUGCGGUGGAAAUAGGGGGUUAGACAGUCAUAUGCAAACAUCAGCAUGUUAUCCUCAAGAGUUUUUAACCGCUUAUGAAACUCAUAUUUAUGUUUUUUUUAUAACCUACACUAGGAGUGCCAAAUUGCCACAACCAUAAAGUUGCUCACAGGAGCUUUAAGUGGAUAUUAAAAAAUGCUAAUAUGAACAUAAGUCUGUGGUAAUGUUAGUGGAUGCAAACCAAAGUGUGCAGAUGCAGGGAAGCAUGCUGGUAUUGGCUGUUGGUGUGAGCGGCUGAGAGCUGAAGGUCCGAGGAUAUUGGUGCAAUGCCAGCUGGCUGUUUUCUGAAAUGCCCCUUCUGUUUCUGCUUCAACCUGUUGAUAACUCCAGACUCUCACAAAGGCGUAACUGUCAGUCACCGUCCUUCCUCCCAGUUCAGAUGUCAUUAUUUCAGUGUUCUUGUUAUUCCAGCGAUAGAGAAAUCUGUAGAAAUCACGGAGGAAAGCUUUUAAAAUGGGAGAUCGUGAAAGAAGUCAUCUUAAAUAACACUGACCUGUAAUUUAAGGUAUUUUAUGAUGUAAUCUCUGUACGCCAAAGAAAGGACUCUCCACCUGUGUGCCAUUUCCCUCUUUCCUUGGAGAGUUGACUAUACAUUUUGACUUUCACACUUUGUUCCUCUCCCAGUAUUCAACACAAAUUAAUGACCCCCUAUUUGUCGGUGCGCAAGUGUGUGAGUGCGUGUGCUGAGAAACUGAAAGAGUCAAACAAGCAUCUCGCCGCAUGAAUGCCUGUUUUUUUCAAAGGCUGUCUGAAGAAAAACAGACAGCUUUUGUAUGAAUCCCUGUCUUUUCUCAUUUUAAGCAAAUUAGAGUUCAUUGGCAAAGAGAAAUACAAGUGUGCCCUUCAUCUAAAGGGGCAUCAAUGAAAACCUGCUGUUACUGGUCUUGUCUGUGGCAUUUUAGUGAAAUAACAGUCAUUACAGUACUGUUCUGUAGUAAUGACUUUUGAUCAGAUUGUGAAAAUUAUAGAGAGCGAGACAUCUCCAGAAAGCAAAGAUGAUUUGAAAGAAAAAAACAUGUAUAAUCCUUGUUAUUUGAUUUGUCAUUGAUGGGGGGUGGAUGAAACUGAAAUUUUGAUAUUGACAGUUUGAGGUGUAACAAGUGACUUCUUUUAUGCAUAGUUAAAAAGUUAAAAAAAAUGCUGAAUCACUCAAAGGCAAUGAAGUCUGCAUUUACAACAAAAACAUGUUUCUUUGCAUUUAGGUCACAAGUAUGGUAAGUAUUUUUCUCGUGCUUUAUUUUGGGCUGCCUCACCCUUCAGCUGCUAGUUUGGAUAUGUGCUCUUGCCAUAGUAACACCAUAGCUGCUGUCCAGUGUGCUACACUUAAAGGGAUAUUCUGGCGUAACAUUAAUUUAUGGUCAAACACAUCGUAACACCGAGUUAGACACCCCCUCAAGAGAUGAAUGUUGCCGACCACUUGCUACAUGACAGCAGUACACAGCGGUCUAAGGAGCCAUAAACAAACCUCAACCAAAACGCCACUGUAUAGCCACAAAUAAUGCUCAGAACAGCACCUAACUUCAUCAACAGUACAUAUAGGGUCCCAGCCAUAGCACUUGCCACCAAAAAUCUUUUUAGCUUUGCCUGAUUUCUUUAGCAAAGAGACUAAACACAACUCACCUACUCUCUUCCAGCAGCUGCUUGUUUGUAGCGAGACCUCGGGGUCGUGUCCAUUACGGACUACAGCGGGGUGACGCAGCUCAAGGAAGAACAUUUAUGAUCAUUUCCUCAUGGAAAUGGAAAUGAAAUCAGACCGAGACGCUAAGGCAGAAGAACUACCACGUCUGCAGAGCAAAAUGAUUAUUAUGAUGAUUAUUGCUUCAUGGAAAUGUUAAAGAAAUGAUCAUAAAUGUUCUUCCUUGAGCUGCGUCCCCCUGCUUCAGUUGGAAAUGGACUUGCCCAAGAUCUCCGUACAAACAAGCGGCUUCUGGAUGAGAGUAGGUGAGUUGUGUUUAGUCACUUUGCUAAAGAAAUCAAGCAAACCUAAAAAGAGGUUUGAUGGCUAGUGCUAUCGCUGGGACCCUAUAUGUACUGUUGAUGAAGUUAGGUGCUGUUCUGAGCAUUAUUUGUGGCUAUAGAGUGGCGUUUUAGUUGAGGUUUGUUUAUGGCUCCUCAGACUGCUGUGUAUUACUAUCCUGCGGUCGUUAUUAAAGUUGGUAUAACUAGAAAAGCAAGGGGUCGGCAACAUUCAUCUCUCGAGGGGUUGUCUAACUCGGGGUUACGGUGUGUUUGACCCUAAAUUCAUUUUACGCCGGAAUUUCCCUUAAAAUUGUGUCUCUUUGUGCUGUCGUACUGUUAUCAUAUUGUAGCUUGACUGUGCUCCACCAGCAUCUGCUGCCAGCAUGCUUACAUUUAGCGUCUGCCUCCAGCCACAGUCUGCAUGGGUUUGCUAGUGUGCACUUUGUACUGACAGAGAAAGAAACGGUCUAAACCAGCAUACAAUGUGCAGUGCCUCUGAUUUUUGAUGGAAAUUCCAAUAAGUAAGCAUCUCCUUUUACCAAACAUCUGCCCAAACAUUAAAAGAAAGCAUCUUGAGCUGUGAAAAACACUUAGCCAAGUGGGUGUAGUGUCCUUCAGAUUUACUUGAGAAAUUCUUUAAGAUGUUUAGAUGUGUUUUGACAUGCAGACAAAUGCAGCCUUGGUAGAACUGCUGCUGAAUCGCUUUUUUGAAAAAGUACCUUCUUGAUAGAUGUCAACACACAAACUUUCAUAAGUGCAUACCUCUGCUUUGCACUGUAUGUUGGAAUUCAAUUGUGAUUGUUUGGCACAUUCCUUUAAAAAAAAAAGCCGACACUUAAAUAGCAAAGUAGAGAUGCAUCUUCUUUUAACCUGCUUGCUGUUAACUGUUGUGAGAGAGGUCAGUGGUGCUUUCAGCAUGUUGUUUGGAGUGUGCUUGUUGCUGCCUCUGCAACAUAGCCCACCUCCCCCCUUCUGUGUGAGCACUAAGCCUUUUGUGACUGCUGUUAAAGGACCAGGCCGUGAAGGACAAAGCCCUCCAGAGCAUGGCCUCCAUGUCCUCGGCUCAGAUCGUCUCUGCCACGGCUAUUCACAACAAGCUGGGACUGCCAGGCAUCCCGCGCCCGGCCUUCCCUGGAGCAGGGGUAAGACCCUCAUCGGCACCCCACUAUUGAUCCCUUCUGUCCGGCUUCACCCAGGGCAACCACGGGGCCAGCAACGCCUGCACCCGGGCCAAAUCACAUUACACACCACAGCUUUGCACAACUGCCCCUAUCAGAUAAGCACACAAUCAAAAGGAGUGGUAGUCAAGAUAACUACACGCAGUGAACAUGGAGCUAAGAGCCAGUUUGAUCUUGUUGCUAACAGCUGCUCACAAUUGGAUACUGUUUGUUGUUUGUUUCUCUGUUGUCUAUUUAUACUUGUAAUUCUUCAGUUAUGGCAGGGUAUGAUAUCAGCUGGUCAGCCAGGAUCUUCACAAGAGUAAGUACUUUGAUGUUAUUAAAAAACAGACCUUUAACUGCACUUAGGCAGAACAUUUAACUUACUGUGCUGGCAGGGUGUUUACUAAUCGUUCUUUAAUUCUCUGUUCAAGUAUUAAGCCUUUCACCCAGCAAGCCUAUCCCAUCCAGCCAGCAGUCACAACAGCCCUUUCAAGUGAGUGUUCACCCAAAAAACUCUUUUAAAAAAUGUACAUUCCACUUUCUACGGAAGUGUUUUUAUUCACCUCGAUAUCUGUGCCUGAAAGGUGUAAAAUGUACCGACUCUUUAGGCUCCAUCCACCUCCACAUAUGCGUCACUUGAUCUUAAAGUGGGGUUUAAGGCAGAUUGCAGCUGUAAAACUUACACCGCAUGUCGAUAGAGAGGGGUGAGGAGGUGCUUUGAAGUUAGCGACGACAACAAAACAGGACUUUAUAAACUUUGAACUCACCCAGGUUUCUCCCAGAGCUUCUUAUCUGAAGUGAAGCACCAGGAAGAGGAAGUGAAGUUCAUGUCGGGAUGUAGGAUCUGGUUUAAGAACGAAAUCAUACCAGAAAUUAAAGGAUUUUUAUAUAAUAGUAAAAUUUCAAGCAUUUUAUUGUUAUAUCAUCCAAAAGCAAACAGAAAAAAUAAUGUCAUGUGUUCCUUCAUUUUAAUUCAAGAAUGAUCUUAGUCAUAUCAAAUAUUCACACAGAAAUCAGAAAAUAUGACCUUAUGUUAAGAAACCCAGAAUGUAUUUUCAUUUAUGCUCGUUGAUUUUUUGCGAUUGGAUUUGGGGUCAAUAUGUCUUAAAACAAACAAAAAAAAUAAUGUCUUGGAAAAAUCAUCUGAAGAUUAAAUGAAAGAUGGAUCUGUUUAACAUUAUAGAAUGCAAAAUUCACAAAAAAGAUAAAUUUCCACAAAAUAUAUUCCUACAACUGAUAAUAUACAGGAACAUCUGUGUACUAGGGAUGGGUGAUAAAUUAUUGUUCAUGAUAUAUUGUCAGAAAAAUCCUCCAUGAUAAAUAUUUGCCAUCUCAUGGUAAACACGAUAAAUGCAAGUUGAUGACGUGAGUGCGAGUCACGGACUCGCAGCUGCAGCCCACAUAGAGCAGAACAACAAACAAACAUGGCCGAAGGUAAAGAAGAAGACGUUUCUGAGCAGCCAGUUACUGAACGAGGCUCCACAUGGCGGAUUUCCUUCAAGAUUUGUGCUUAGAUGAGUGCAAUAAGUUUUUGACAAAUGUUGAAAAUGUUUUCACAUUUGAGACUUGUUUGGUGUCACUAGUUUUCUUCAUAAACUACCACUGAAACUCGUGGUAAAGUAUCUUAUUGAUUAUGCCAACUGGUGUUCUCAAGGCAAAAUGAGUCAAAAAUACAGAGUGGAAUUAUAAUAUUUUUUAUCGGGACUUUUAUCGUUAUCACCAGAAUGGCAAACCUCGUUUUAGCCCAUAUUGCCCAUCCCUACUGUGUACCCAAAUUUGGAUGAUGUCCAAUAUGCUGCAUUACUAUGACUUUACAUGGAUAACUGACACAUAACUGACCCCAACAAGAGUCCCUGAAACCUCAGAAAUGUGUAAAAAAUAGUACAUUAAGGUUUUACUGUAAAACAUGCCAAGGCAGGAUGAUCAGAUAUAUACUGUAUGUCCCUGCAGGUUACGAGCCCACAGCAGUUGCAGCUCCGACAGCACCAGCAUGGCAGGGCCGCUCUAUUGGUACAUCAAAACUCCGGUUGGUGGAGUUCUCCGCCUUCCUAGAGCAACAGAGAGACCCCGACUCAGUGAGUCGAGAUUUAAUCCAAAGCAUGAAAAAUUACUAUCUCAUGUGUUCAUUCCCACCUCUUAUCAUCCAAGCCUUUCCUGUGUGAAUACACUGGGACAAUUUCCCAGGCAGAGAGUCAGCUGCGAGGAGGCCAAAACAAGCUGAGAGGGAGAGCACAGGCCUGUAGAGAGAGAGAGAGAGAGAGAGAGAGAGAGUAUGUAACUCGCAGAAAUAAUGAAGGAUUGUGAAUGAAGAUUUGUUUAUUUCUUUAAAUCAGGCAGAUCUAGAUUUAUGCAUCAGAACUCAGCUUAAACCAGAACAAGAGUUGGUGAGUAUGAGUUGAAAAUGAUAAGUCCUCCACUUCUUUUUUUACUGAAGCUAUACAUAUAUGUUUGUUUACAUGAUCUCUGCACUUUCCUUUGGUAAAAAUACUUUGAGACAACAGCCAUUAGUCUUCGAUUCAGUUUAAUGGUUGAAAUUGUUGCAUUUGCCCUGGAGGCUCUGUGUUGGAGAGGCUGCUCUGUAAGCUUUUAGAAUCACAGUGUGCUGCACCACAUGACAGGGUUUCAAACAGCCACAACAAGGGGAACCGAGCUCUGAAAAUCAGAUGUUCACUUAUUAGCUUCUCUCUCUGCCUCUUACCAUGCAUCAUGGGUUUCAGGCCGAAGAAAGGGCGACAACUUUGUACACUUUGUUAAAGUAAAGAUGUACAUUUUUUAAAAACUUGACAAAAUCCAACAAACAGAAACCAUUUUUUAGAAAGCAGAACACCUUUACUUAAAGCAGAGGUAUUUCUAAGACAGUAUUGUUUUCAUCUGCUCAUAUGCACAGAUGUUUUGUUUUUUAAGUUUGGGAAAAAUAUCAUGCUUAAAAAGAUAAAGAUAUUGGUAACAAAAAGUGGUUUUAUGGCAAUCUCGCCUGUAACGAUGACAAAUUAUUAACCAAAUUCAUUACACUGGGUUUGAAUUUUCCUGAAGUAAUUUGGUAUUCCACUGUGGUUUAAUACAAAUCGGGGGAUCAGCUGUUUUUUGGCUUUAGUCAGUAGAAUAAUAUUACCCAAUUUGUACAUCGUAAAAUAAAAAUAAGGUUCUUGAAAGCAUGCAGACAGCCAAACAAAAAGCAAUGUUGCAGAGGGUUAUUUCUCAUCAUCAGAGAGUAUUGUUGCCAGUAUAAUCCCAGCUUCAGCAUGCUUUUGUUGUGGUGGUUAUUUGGCAGAAUUGGCUUAUUUGUCUCAGUGAACCUCUCUUUCUACAUAAUGGUAUCUAAUAUUGCUUUAGAUCAUUUCUUUGUUGUUCUUUGUGAGGUAAUUACAUUGAAAUUCAGACAGGAUAGACUUUUGUUUGACUUCAAAAAUCAACAUGAAACAGCCUGAAAUCCGGCACCAUACUCAUUAAACUGUUUGUGCUUCUAUUUCUUUGCUUUUCCUAGUACAACAAGCACCUCUUUGUACACAUCGGACAAACAAAUCAUUCCUACAGUGACGCCCUGCUGGAGUCGGUAGACAUCCGUCAGAUUUAUGACAAAUUCCCAGAAAAGAAGGGAGGACUGAAGGAGCUGUAUGGAAAAGGUCCACAGAACUCAUUUUUCCUCAUUAAAUUCUGGGUGAGUGUCAUUCGUCAGCCGCUUUGAUAAGAUUGAUGAGCACAUAAUAAACUGGGGGUGUUAGAGCUUGAUUGUGUUUGAACCACAUCAGUCUUAAUAUCACUGUAACCUUGUGAACAGUGAUGCAGGAUCCUGUCCGGUCCGUUCAGGUUGUUCUUUAGUGAUUGGCUGUAAUUAUUCCACACAGAGAAGAUUGCUCUCUUAAUGUUUGCAGAAUGCACUCUGCUGUAUUUGGACUUGCAUAGCAGGAGAGCUUUUGAUCAAAGCACUCACUAAUUCAAUGUAAUAUCUCCAAACAAUGGAGUGACCUGGUUGCACUACUAAUGGCUGUUUAAACAUUGCAUGUAUUUCCUCCCUGAUGCAAAAUGCUAACUAGCGGCAGGCAACAAAGUAGGUCCGUAUGCACUUGGACCAAGUCCCCUCAAAUUCCUUUUGAAGUGACCGGCCAAUCUAAAUUUCAAAUGAAUGACAGAAUCUGCACAAUAAUGAAAGUAUAACUGCUUUGCUUAAUGAAGGAGGAGAAUGCUGUAGGAGGAUGUCUCGUCUUUUUUGUAUCCAUAAUGAACAGGAUGUUCGGGGCAUAGAAAGGCUGCCCUCCAGGAGCAGACCCAGCUCAACCUUGUAAAUCAGUCUUUUAACGCAACUUAAUUUAAUCCUCUUUAAAAUCUAGUUUCCAAUAUGGACCCAUUAACACGCUCAUUCAGAUGUGGCCAAGAUUUUUUCAAUUGAAUAUGCAACAAACGUAUUCAGUCCACACAGCUUUCUGUCAGAUAUGAUCAAUGCUGGUGGAUGGGCUUUAUGUCGCAGCGAAGACAUAAUAUUUUCACUAAAAUCCAAUUUUCUCCAGAAAAAGUGUUCUAGUAUAUGAUGUCUCUCACUUUAAUACUGUAUACAGUCAGUGCUGCUGUAUAUGUGACACUUUUGUGUGCAGUUUUUUCUAAAAGUAUUCAAGAAAUCAACACACUUGAGGUUAUACCACAUCCUCAUCUUGUUAUGAUUUCAUGUUGAAAUAUUGUGUUCAAGGUGGUAAAUUGUACAUAACAAACUUUCAGUCAUAAAUCAUAAACUUAAAUUUUAUCUAUGAUUUUCAAACGUGACCUAAUAGGGCUGGGCGAUAUGGCCUCAAAUCAAUAUCACGAUGUAUUGAGCAGUUCACCUCGAUAACGAUAAAUGGACGAUAACUACUCCACAAGCUGCUCACCCCCUCCUACAUUAACUACGUCUACUUUUAAACAGUCCUCCAUCUCCUCACUUGUCUUCUUUGUUACGGACUGAAUUGGGUAGAGUCGUGUCUCUGACGUAAGACAGCAUCUUUGAGGAACAUGAGACCAUAGCCUACCUACGCACAUCCUAAACAAACUUUUAUUUAUUUGAUACUGAAUAUGUUGACACGGGCAAAAUAAUGUUUGUUAUUGUCGUAAAUUUUGGUAUCAGUAAAUUUUCAGUUUAUCGCCCAGCCCUAUGACCUGACUAGAAAAAUGUUUGUAAAUUCAAACUACGGCCCGGUCUUUUCACCAUCCACUGGUUUUUGUUUCUGUGGAAGUGAAAUGCCCACAACUCUAUCUGGAACGCAUCAGUUAGACAUCAAAACAAUAUUUAAGCUGCCCACUCUGAGUGGACAUCACAUGAGGAGAGCUGCCGUGGGAAUGUGCUCGAUCACCAAUAAGUACUGCUGUUCUCUCUGCAGCUUAAGAGUUUAAGUUGAUCUUUUACCCAUCCAGCAAAGCCCGUAUCAGUCCGUGUCACAUAUGUGCACCACUCAGCAGCUCAAGAGUCAGGUAUUGUGUCAUGAUUUUGUCAGGACCAAAAAGAGAGUAAAUAUGAGUGUUAUUAUAUCAAUCAAAAACACCAAAACGAGGCCACAAUUUGAUAACAAUGCUGCUUGAUGUAAAAAAUCAGCAACUGUUUGUCAUAUUCUUUCUCUCAUUAACUCGUCUUUACUGGUGUAAAGGUAGAGCACAAGGUCACAGAACCACUAGGUCUAUUUAAGCAUCCUCUGUGCAUGACGUUCACAUACACUUAAGGAUUAGGGUGAGGGCCACAUAAAGAGAAAAUGAAUUAUUACAGGAAGGAGAUUAAUGUCAAAAUUUCGAGAUUAAAAAACCAGAAUUAUGUCAAUACAGUGGAAAUUUCAAGAUUAAAGUCAAAAUUUCAAGAUUACAAAAAUUAAAAUUUUAGAUGAUAGUCAAAAUUUGGACUUCAUGUAAUUUAAAUUUUUUUCCAUUUUGACUUUUGACUUAAAUCUCUAAAUUUCGACUUUAAUCUCAAAAUGGAAGUAAAAGAAAUCUCCCUCCUGUAAUUAUUUUUUUCUCCUCUUGUGGCCCUUAUCCUCUUUCAUUCUUAACUGUUAUAUAAUGUUUAGUGUUUUUGUUUUUUAAAUUCACAUGGAACAUUUUGGAGGCUUGGAUCAUAGAUACUUGAAGGACAAAAGUAAAUCCUCAGAAGAUACUUCACACUAUACGUGCAUAUCCUCAUCCCUCCAUAUAAAAGAUGUUGUAAAGUAUUGUAUAGAAGUAUCGCUAUAUAUAUUCUCUCACAUUCCUUCUGUUGUAUGAAAAAAUUCCACGAUACUGUGACACUUAUUGUUGGCACAAGAGCCCUUUCUUGGAUUUUAUUUCACCAUUUUCUAACUCUGCAUUUACCCCCCAAAGCCGCAGAUGUUUGUGUCUUUCAAUCCUAUAAACUCAGACAUCUGUACCAGGACUGUUGCGUAUGAAUACCUUCUUGUUUCCCACAGGCUGACUUAAACUGCAACGUCCAAGAUGAAUCUGGAUCUUUCUAUGGAGUCACCAGUCAGUAUGAGAGCUCGGAGAACAUGACCAUCACAUGCUCAACCAAAGUCUGCUCCUUUGGCAAGCAGGUGGUGGAGAAAGUUGAGGUAUGAAUUUGAGUCUCUCAAAAUUAGAAGAUUAUCUUAAAGCUGAUGUAUUUUUAAGACCUGCGGCCUUAUUUUUUCUCUCUUUCACUCAGACUGAAUAUGCGCGCUUUGAGAAUGGACGCUUUGUCUACAGGAUAAGCCGGUCUCCCAUGUGCGAAUACAUGAUCAACUUCAUCCAUAAGCUAAAACACCUGCCAGAGAAAUACAUGAUGAACAGUGUGCUGGAGAACUUCACUAUCUUAUUGGUAAUCACCUCUGUGACCUGAGUGGGAGAUUCCUCCCUCCAGGACUCUCAUUCUUCUUCUUCUUCUUCUUCUUCUUCCUCUCUUUGCUGUCAGCGUGUGUUGGUGGCUUUAUAAAGAAACACGGGAGUGGGAGGCUGACUGAGCCUUCAGAUGAGUUUCUCUUGCCGGUGCCACAUUUCUGUCAUUCCACAGGGGAUGAAACAUGGUGUGAGGAGCCUCAUUAUCUGCAGGGGGAGCAGGGAGGAUAAGAGGGGGCGGGAACCCCUGUUAUUAGCAUCACAUGGGGUAUUUAAGUGUCAUUCAGCACCACUGAGGAAGCAAAAAACAAGUUAAAGGACAGGCUUUUUAAAACAUUCAGAGUAAGACUAUCAUGACAUCCAUCUAUCAAAACUUUUGAGUUAAAAUCUAAACCUAGUAGUCUUUUUUUUUUUUCCACAAGCAUUGUCACUAAAGAUCCUAUUUUAAAAAAGUUUUUGUGAAAUUGUUUGUUGAAGUUUUUAGAAUUUUACAGAUUUCUUCUUCGGGUUAUUAAACAGCAUCUUUUGACAUGCUUCUUUGUGUCAUGACCACUGAUGCCCUCUGCUGAGCAAUGCUGUGAAGAAAAGGGCUGGAAAUUUAAAAAAAAAGGGAAAAUAAAAAACAAAAAAUAAAAAUUCGCUGCCUUCAGCUUGAAAUGGUGAUCAGUUUGCUUUAAGCUCCACAAGAAUAUCGAUGGUUUCUAAAAGACGAGGUUUCCCCUGAUGUCUAAUGAUUUAUUUUCAACAAGUUCCCAGAGAUGUUCAUCAGCGGCACUUCUCUGACAAUGUCAUAACUCCUCUUUUUAAUUCCAGGAGCAUGUGCUUUUUGCUCCGAGCUUUAAUACAGGAAGAAUAACAGAGAUUUUCAAGAUGUUUAAGACACCACUGCUUGACUGAAGGCUGUCUUCUUAGCAGCUGCUAAAUCACUUGACCGUCUUAGAGUUAAAGCUCCUAUGAGGAGUUUGAACUGGUCAUGAAACAGGCUGGAAUUUACACUGAUGCCAGGUGAUGACCUAAAAAAGGCAAAAUAGAAAAAUAGACCAUUAGCUAAAAAGACUGACAACUUUAUCGUAACUUUUACUGCUGGUGACUGCAGCAAGGGGGUCAGAUGAGGUAUUUUACUGUAUGAUGACACCCCCGAACCCCAAUUUCCACCGCAUCAGGAACGGCAGUGAUUCUCACUGUCCAAAAAUUCCUACUGGAUCUAUUUAUGAGGCAAAUUUCGUGGCGGAUUACAGACGGCGGGAAUCGCGAGAACUAGGGCCCGACCAAUAUGGAUUUUUUGGGGCCGAUACCGAUAGCGAUUAUUAGGGGGGAAAAAAAUCCAAUUACAGUUUAAUCGGCCGAUUUUUUCAAAUUUUUAUUAAGUUAUAAAAAAUAUCUUUAUACUGUAGAUAUCUACAGUAUACUAUAUACUGUUGAUAUACUGUAGGCUACUGCUCUUCACGCCAACAGGAAGACCGACUGAUCAAACCCGGACCAGAAAAGCGUUUAACUACCUAUUGACUUAUUGUCUACUUCACAAACUAGUUUAUUUACCAUUGAGACGGACCACUCUCCUCCGUGUGUCCCUCAGCGGCCUGUUUCAGAUCUGUCACUCUGCCGUGCUGUGAGGUAGUUAGUGGAUGAAGAUUGUCAGGAGGUCGCAACAUUAUCGAAACUGAAUCUUAUUCGGUGCAUUUUAUUUCUGAAAAUAUCGGGAAAAUUGUCGAGUUUUGGCCGAAUACCGAUUGGUCUUAAACGGGCCCUAGCGAGAACUCUCAAGAACCCGUGGAUUCACGUGUAAUCGCGCGAUAACAAGUUUUCUUUAUAAAGACAGCCACAUAACUAUGUAAGCAGUAGAUCGUAUCCUUCCAGAGGAAGAAAUCCCCUCCUAGACUUCUGGAAUCAGCAUCUCCUCAUCCACGGUGUCAUCAGGGUGAAAUGCUGUCUGAAAACCUUUCUCUUGUUCGUCCCCGCCCACAUUUGCAUGGUGUGGAAUAUGAUCCGCCUGAAACUGGAAGUGUUUUAUUUUGAAAAGAAGCCGGAUGUUUUAUUUUGUGUCUGUGCCCGACUUCCUUUCCAGGACAGACUAAUCUGUGCAGAAUUUAUGCGGCAUGCUCCGCGUCCGGAAAAAACUCUUGCUGUGGAGUCCACCGAUCUGCAGCAGAACAGAAAGAAGACGAUGGAAAUUGACACAUUAACUUGAAUGGAUAUGAUCACUUGCGAUUGGGUGAUACGGCCUUUUCGCAGCCGUUCCGGAUGCGGUGAAAUUUGGGGGUGAUGCUUUCCAAAAUUUUCACACAGAAAUUUCCCCACAGGAGCUUUAAGCUUCAAUGCCGAAGGAAUUAUGUGUAUAAAAAAAUGAUUUUUUUCCCCAACAACAGGAGGGGAUAUAUAGAUAGAUAGAUAUAUAGAUAGUCUAUGCACAGGAUGGCCUUGUUCAGAUUAAUGCUGCUGAGGUACUUAUGUAUUCUGUGUUCUCUCGAGAGGAAAGCAAUCGAAACACUUGAUGCUGUAGAUUUCUCAUUAGACAAGAACUUCUCCUGGAUGUGUCUACUCUCUACAAACUCUGUCUUUCUACGUUACACUAACACUGUGUUUUUUUUCUGCCGGAGAGUGACUCUGUGUUGUCUUUCAGGUGGUGACAAACAGGGACACACAGGAGACGCUGCUUUGUAUGGCGUGUGUGUUUGAGGUUUCAAACAGUGAGCAUGGCGCCCAGCAUCAUAUCUACAGACUGGUAAAGGAAUGAGAGGAGACCCCCACCCCUCAUCCCCCCAAGCCUUCAAUCCCUCUCUUGUCAUAGACUUACCAACCUCAAAACAAGUGGCAGUGCCUCUACCUGAAAGUCACACCCACGAUGCUUUUUGGUCAUGGUAUCGGGUGAAGUCAGUUGUUUUAAAUUUGUGUUAAUAAAAUGUAUUUGUUAUUUGACUGCAGCUGUGAAACGCGGUACAGUUGUUUUUAUGUUUAAAUAUGGGAAUUCUCCUUUGAACUAUGUUGAGUUGGUCUCUGUUGGGUAUAAAUGUGGCUGUUCUUCAAGAAUUUACUCAGUUAUUUUGGUAAAUGGAAACGUGUCUGUUGUCCUCUUCUGCUUUGUUAUGUAGAGUAAGAAAAAAAAAAGGAUGCUGGCCUUUUCUAUCAGCGGCCUGAUGUGGUCUGUGUAAUAUGUUUGAGUGUUUUUUGUAUGUCUGUACUUCAUAAUAUUGUGAGCAUACAUACUGUGGAUAUACAGACAAGCACCCACAGCCAAUAAGUUUUCCAAAGAAACUAAACUAACACAUAACACUACAGAGGCAGUCGGAUAAUUUUCUUUAAAAAAAAAUACCUUAGCUGUCAUUGCUAUAUUUAUUCCUGUUAAAGCACUCCAAGUCUUAGAUAUAAAUUAAAUGAAUGCACUGUGAAAUGAUCAUUUUUGGCUGCUUCUGCUCCAUCACAACAACCUGCUAAGCGUUUUUUAACAGCAAACAUCUCUGCGGCCACCGACAGGAGGAAACUUAGCUUUUAGAUCGGUUAAAGUCAUACCUAAAAUCACUCAAAUGUGACUUUUCCAAAAGCACUUUGACCCCUUUCCCCUGUUAGACCUGUGCUUUUAAUCAACUGUAAAUAAUCACAAAUCCCUCGUAGAAAGCAGGCCAUGUUUACUCUGCUGUGGCCCCCCCUAUUGAAGACUCAGAACACUGCCCCCUUCUGGAGUAGUGGUGUAAUAACUCUUUAAGUCAGAGUCUUGCUGCCUUCAUGCUCUCUCAUAUUUCCGUGGCCUACGCUGAUCCCCAGCCUUAAAACAUGUCAAAGCUGUGUGAACUCCAAAAGAUGCCACUAAAACUGUGAUCUCUACACAGGGAAAUUUCUUUAAAUGUUCUGUAAGAAAUUCACAAUACUAUCUGCCAAAGUGUAGAUGUACAGUGCCUUAAAAUAUUCUCUGACAUUAUCCCUUUGCUUUGUUUUUAAAUUCAGUGUUGUGGACUAAACAGGCAGAGUUAGAUUACUGGUUUAUUUGUGUUUUUUUCCACCCUCACCUUUUAGAGAUUUCAUGUUCCUAGAAUUGGUACACCCCUGGAAAUACAGUUUUGGUUAUUGUUCAGAGACAGUAUGAAUAUGAUCGGCACAGAAAUAGUAAGACAAGUUUCAGGUUAUCUUUGUUCCUGAAAUGUCCGCCUUUUUUUUAAAAGAGUGUACCACAAACACAGACUGUCUCUCCUGUCGUCAAAGACCAAAAAAAAACACCGAGAUCAACUCACUCUUUCGUCGUGUCCUGCAUGGUAGCAAGGAAGUGCCUUUGGUUGAAAAUUUCCAGCUUAAAAAAAAAAAAAAUCAAACAGAAAUUAAAAAUCAAAUGUUGCUAGACCAAAAAAAAAAGAUACGCAAGUGAAACCAAUCACCGCAUUGCCUUUUUGAAGGAUUGUAAUGAUGGAAAGGGAGAGCUAUUUCCUGGUAAAUGAUAUAUUCAUCAAUUGAAAAGUGAUUUCUCAAAAGGUGUAUCUGUAGAAUUUUUUUAAUGCUUGAGGUCAAAGAGUGAGAGACCAGCUGAUUCAGUCCAGCCGCUGACUGCAUGGAGGAUGCUAACUCAUUCAGAAAUAAAACACCGCAGCCUCUGCUUUGUGCACACUUGCAGGUUCAAGUGUCAGCUGACCUUAGAGACAUUACAGUUUCUUUGCUUCACAAACCGCACGAUGUAAACCUUUACUAUAAUGUCAUAAUACAUUUGAUAACGUAGACGCAACUGUGUGUUUACAAAGCAGGGAACAACAUGCUUUAAUAACUGUCCUUCAGAGAGAUGAAACAAAAAGUUUGUCGAUUGGUAAUCUUGAAAGAACACGAUUAAUUCAGAUUGUCGUAAUGUGGUUCAAUCUGACAUUUUUUAUAUUUGCCAGUGUGGACGAGGCCUUUGAGGUUAAUAUUUCCACUGCAAACACCAUAACUACUCAAACGUAUCCUGUUUCUUAAAGAAAUAUAUAAUCAUCUCAAGUAUUUUAAUGGGAGAAGCUCUUAAUAGUUGUGGACAAUGUCUCUUGAUGCAGAAAAAGUUCAAUCAUUCAGUAUUUUGCCACAGUCCUGUGGACACUGUGGAGUUUUAAUAGACUUUUUUGUUUACCCUGUGUAUCUUUUCACAUUUAUUGAUUACUUCGUGUGAUGUUCCUGUUUUCUUAUUGUACUCGUAAACACUUGUACUUGGUUUUCGUGACGACAUUGUCCUUUUUGUUCAAGCCCACUGAGAUGAUGGUGAAGGUGUUGCUGCUGCACUGCUGGUACAUUUUGAUUUGUGGUUUCAACACUAAAACAGCAGGACUGGGGCGUUCAGUGGCAGUCUGGUGGACUGUAUGAAGAGAGAAAAUUAAAGAAUUAAUCAGCCAAGUUGAGGAAUCAUGCUACAAACAUAUCAGCAGUCUGGCUCUUGUUUUUUUUUCUUUUUGUAAUUCUGUUGAAGAGUAGGUACUGGUACCUUUUUCGUUGUUGUUUUAUGACCAUUUUUCAGACGGCGGCUUUAAAGUGAUUUCUCAAAAAGCUCACAUAUAGUUGUCAAACACGUUUAGGUUUUUGUGUGCAGACUCGUUUUUGUAAAAAGGUGCUUUGUACAAAAUUAUAUCCUAGCUUUUUUCUUGGUACAGACGUGUGAUAUCUUUUCGUAUCCAUGAUAAAGUGUUGGAGCAAAAAGGAGAGAAAAGAAGCUCUGCGAUGUUUGUGCUCUGCAUAUGGUCUUGUCUUUGCUCCGUAACAUUAUGAUGCCUUCUUGAUAAAUAGUAGAUAUUUUGUAGCUUUCUAGACACUUUGUAUGUAUGCAAUAUUGAAGUUAAAUAAAUCAGAAAAUAUUGCCUUCUUUUCUUGUUUUUAUUUAAUCAAACAUUUGCAGAAAUCUUAUGUAAGUUUGCACCUCAUGGGGUCACAUGAAUUUAACUCUUUAGGCUGUAAAUCCUCAGACCAACAGCAGGUGGAGGCUCUCACUGGUUUGAUAUACAGUGUACUUCAACUGCUCAGUUUCUCAUGACUGCAGUGACAGAACUCAACACCAGAGGGAGGCAUUGCAUAAUUAAACUGAAAUUCAGCACCCAAAUUGAAGAGUUUGGUAGUUUCCAGUAAGAGACAUGGGAGUUCUCACAGGAAGAAUUCUAAUCAUAGUUAUAAUGCAUCAGAUUUCAUAAAGCACUUUAUCAGAGACCCUUAAAGUGCUUUACAUCAGAUACAUCAUUCAUUCGCUCACACAGUCACACUUUGGUGGUAGUAAACUACCUUAGGGGCAGACUGACGGAAACGUGGCUGCCAGUUUGCGCCUACGGCCUCUCCGACCACCACCACACAACACUCACAAUCAUAAACCAGUGGAGGACACACACUGGGAGCAAAGUGGUUUAAGUGUCCUGACCAAGGACACAACAGACAGACUCGGGAUAGAGGGGAAUCGAACCGCCAACCUUCCAGUUAUUGGAUGACCGCUCUACCUCCUGAGCUAUUACUGCUCGUAUCAGUGAAUAUCAAUGAGAGCACCUGCCAAACCAAACUGCUGGUAAAAAUAAUGUCUAGUAACGCCCUGUUUCGCAUUCACAUUUAAGGCCUUUAACCCAAAGUCACUUCAGCACUGACAUACUUUAUUUACAUCUAUCAGCUUCAGUACUAUAAUCACAUGCCUAUUGGCCUCUCCCGACUAGACAUGGUCCACUUCAUUUCAUCCUUGCAUUCCUCGCUUUCAUUGUUCACUUCUGGUUUUAGGCCCUCUCACCAGAGCAACAUGGAGAAAUGCAAAGAAAAGAAAAGAGGGGGGCAAGGAAUUUUGAUUAAAGAGACAUGAGGCAACCUUUCCUCUAGAAUGUCAUGUGACAU